AUGUCGGCCAGCCGAGAGAUAAAGAUGGAUAGCAGAACUGUCUUUAGCCCAGCAAGUACUGCUCUUGGGCUACCUUUUCAGCCCUGAGGCUAAACUAAUACUGUCUUGCAGAGCAACAGGAAGUGGUCCAACCUCACAGCCUGCUACAGUGGAAAGAAAGAAGCUACAGAGGUCUCUGGACCAUCCUCCCAUUUCAUACAGGUCAGUAAGAUGACCCACAAGGCAUGCAACAAUGCGCGCCAAGACAAUGUUUUUGACCUCACAAGCAGGUGGUUAGAAAUGGAGCCUCACAUGGUGCUCUGCGGCUUGCAAAGAACAGCUUCUUACCCUCCAGGCUGUUCCUCCUGAAAUAUUUAAGAGUAUGCCAUGUGAAGGAUAGUGCUGGGAAGGAAGCCUGAGAGUGGUGCUAUCUAGCCAAAAUCAAUGCCGCUCUUUGGGUUCUCUCCCAGCUGGCUGGUGCUACUUGCAGCUCAGAGUGACAGCUCAAGUGGCUUCAGUGAUAUAUCAGAACAACGUGGUGUAGUGGUUAGAGUCAGACUAGGACCCGGAAGACCAGACUUCAAAUUUCCACUUAACCAUGAAAUGCACUGGGUGACCUUGGGCAAAUCACCACCUCUAACCUACCUGACAGGGUUGUUGUUAUGAUAAAAUGAGGAGCAGGAAAACCAUGUGCAUCAUCUUGAGCUGCUUGGUGGAAAGGUGUGAUAUAAAUGUAAUAAUAAAUCCUCUUAUUUAGUGUUGGGAAGGGUCUUCACCUUGGGGCUAUACCUUGCUUGCCAAUGCUCAUGGGAGAGCAGCGAUGUCAAGGGUGGGGCAGUGUUCUGUUGAUAAGCAGCUUGGCUGAGAAUAAUCAAACCUCCCCCCAGCUUUCAUCCCGAGGCUGAAGACACUGGUUCAUGUUUAGAGAUCCCUCACCUACAGUGGCUGCAGGCAGUCAGACAUCCCCACCCCAAUAACUCAAUGCUGAUUUUGGCUCCAUGAUGUAGACAGUUUCGCUUGCCAGCAGCUCUGUCAAUGAAGUGGCAGAUUCAAGGGGGAAUCACAGUUUAAAUUAUUAGUAGGGGUGGGGAUGCUUGCCAGAGGAAUAGCAGUCUAGAAUUCCCAGCCUAUAAACAUGUUAGUACAUCCUAAACAGGAAGCAUGCCUGCUCAGACCCUUUUAGCUUAAUGGGCAAUAUACUGAAAGUCAGACGACGCCAUCUUCUGGAUGAAAUAUUAUAUAUAUUUUUAUCAAAGAGCAAUUACAGUAUCACCCUGACGUGCAUUAUAGUCAUAAAUGCAUGUUUUAACACGGGGUUGUUUCUUCUUUAAUUUCUUUAUUGAACCAGAUCUAGUCUCACAAAUAUACGGUAACGGCAGCAUGGAAUGAGAGACUAGUGGAUUUCAACCUCUGAAUCUUUUCUCUCUCCCCACCUCAACCGCAGUGUGGUGUAGUGGUUAGAAUGUUGGACUAGGACUUGGGAGACCAGGGUUCAAAUGCCCACUUCAGCAAAGAAGCUCCUUGGGUGGUGAGCUUGGGCCAAUCACUAUCUCUCAGCUUAAUUUACACCACAGGGUUGUUGUGGGGGUUCAUUGGAGAGAGAGAACCCGUCUUGUUCUCAGCAAUAACGGCGCGCACGUGUAAGGAAAUUAAAACUGUCCGAUACAAUGCAGCCCUGGAUCUUUCUACUGAAGAGUAACCCUCGCUGAGCUCAAUGGUAUCUACUGCCAAAUAAGUGCGCACAGGACUGCAGCAUUUCAAGCAUACACCACACGAACUACCUAUUGCACCUGCAAGAAUAAAGUAAACAAAAGAAACUGCUUGGUGUGCAUUGGAUUGCAGUCUUAAACGGAAGCAGCAGUUUUCGGCAAAUAGCUAGGUACCCUGAUCCUGGCUGAAGAUUAUCCUCAAACUUAAAGGUAAGGGCUGCUAAAACAUGCUUCGGCAGCACAUGUGAGCUAUACGGACGCGCCUGAGUGCAGGAGCCAGAAUCGAGGACAUCCAGGUUAGUUCAUAAUAUGUAAGAUCAGGCGCAUCUCCAGGCUCCGCAGCCACGCGUUCUUUUAACGGUUUUAGAACGUCGCUAAAGGGCUUCAACGGGCAUUUCCCAGUACGCAUGCUCAGCAGCACUCCGAGAAGGCGCAGGGCUCAUUUCCGCCCUUAGUGUCUACCUUAUUUCCGGGUUCUGCACUUCGAAUGGGUUGCCAUAGCAAUUGAGAAGCGUAUCGUCUUCAUGGCUGUCUGUUUAUAGAGGCGUUUUGCUCGCUCCGCCCGCUGGAGCGCUCUGCAGAGAACCUGCGCGGGGUGAGUUAAUGCAGGGCGAAGUUUGCAGAUUAUGCCCUUGUUGUUGUUGUUUAUUAUUACUUUGAGGGGGCAAAUUAACAUUUCCCGACCAACAUAAUAAUAAUAAAAAAUAAAUAAUUUUAUUUAUAUCCUGCCCUCCCCGGCCAGGGCCGGGCCCAGGGCGACCAACACCAAACACAAACCACAACAAAACGCAAUUAAAAAAAACAAAAACAGUUAACCAAAAUACGGCCCAAAACACAGCCCAAAAUACAGCUUAAAAUGCGGCCUCAUUUUAGUGUGAUUGGUCAGUCAGUUAAGUAUUUCUAUGGUUUUACUUGAUAGGGGGGGGGCUGGCCCGCCUUGGCUACGCCCAUAAUCACUGUACCAAUUUGUGUAUGGGAUCAUGCCAUUAACUAACACCCCACUGUUUCCAUAUGGUCGUGGAACUAUAGUGCUCUUUGGGUUCUCUUAAUGAGAUUUAGGGCAAUGGGGAGAAGUGCACAAGCUCUGCCUGUCACUGUGCUGAUGAGUUGAAGGUUGAACAUGUAAAGUCAGAAUCCUCCUGUAUGUGCAGAGACUUACUGUGCAUUUUGGAACCAUAACUUUCCAGAAUAUUAAAAUGAACAACCUCCAAGAAUACAAAAGGCUUCCUUGGGAAAUGAUACAUAAUGAAUUGGGGAAAAAUGUUUAAAAGUACUUUCCCAAAAAACCCAGAGUUCUUUCUGUUGUAUGCAACAACUGCAUACAUACGGCCCAUGUUUUGUUGGAAAAUGAGCGAGGUCCCAACCAAAGAAGAGUGGCAGUGUAAGUUGACAGAAUAUGUGCAGCUUGCAGAUUUAACAUAUAGAAUAAGAGAACAAGAAGAACAUACGUUUAGAGAAGAUUGGAAAACGUUUAUUGAAUAUAUGGGAAGUAACUGUACAGCUGAAUAUGCUGGCAGCAUUAGGAUAAAUUCAGCAGUGUAAAUACCGUAUUUUUCGCUCCAUAGGACGCACUUUUUUCCCUUCAAAAAUGAAGGGAAAAUGUGUGUGCGUCCUAUGGAGUGAAGACGCCAUAGCCCCGCGACCCUCUCCCGGCUGGAGAGGUGACGCGCGGCUAUGGCAGGAGCCUCUACAGCCCCGCGUCACCUCUCCAGCCGGGAGAGCGCGCGCGGGGCUAAAGCAGCCCCCCCGCAACCCUCUCCCGGCUGGAGAGGUGACACGCGGCUAUUGAGGCUCUUGCCAUAGCCGCCCGUCACCUCUCCAGCCGGGAGCGCGUGCGGGGCCAAGCAGCCCCCGCGACCCUCUCCCGGCUGGAGAGGUGACGGGCGGCUAUGGCAGGAGCCUCUAUAGCCGCGCGUCACCUCUCCAGCCGGGAGAGCGCGCGCGCCCCGCAACCCUCUCCCGGCUGGAGAGGUGACGUGCGGCUAUAGAGGCUCCUGCCAUAGCCGUGCAUCACCUUUCAGCUGGGAGAGCGUGCGCGGGGCCAAAGCAGCCCCGCGACCCUCUCCCGGCUGGAGAGGUGACGCGGCUAGUUGAGGCUCCUGCCAUAGCCGUGCGUCACCUCUCCAGCCGGGAGCGCGCGCGGGCUAAGAAGCCAUAGCCCCACGACCCUCUCCCGGCUGGAGAGGUGACGCACGGCUAUGGCAGGAGCCCUCGGCUGCUCCCUGAACUGCUCUUUGGGGCUGGUGGUGGGCUUCCCCCCGCCAGCCCCAAAGAGCAGGUCGAAAGGAACCUGAAGCCUGGAGAGCGAGAGGGGUCAGUGCACACCGACCCCUCUCGCUCUCCAGGCUUCCAAGGUAGCCGCCUUGUUUUAGAGCGGGAAAACAAGAGGGGGAAAGUUCUCCCCCUCUCUGCACAGCGCCUCCUGGGCAGAGAGGGGGAGAAUUUUUUUUUCUUGUUCUCCCCCCUCUAAAACAAAGUGCAUCCUAUUGUCCGGUGCGUCCUAUGGUGCGAAAAAUACGGUAAGUUAUGAUGGAUGUAAUAAUGGAAUACUGAAUAGUAUAGUUUCUGUAAACUAUGCAGGGAUUUAUGAUAUGUAAAAUGAACCAUGGAAAGAGAAGGAAAGUCAUUGAUAUCUUAUGGAUCUAAAAAUGAGUACUUUAAAUUGUAAAACAGAAAAUUUAAUAAAAAUUACAUAAAAACAAAACAAAAGGCUUCCCGCUUCAUAAGUUUGCCCUCCUGCUCAUGAAGGAUGGCAAGAACAGUGACAGGAGGCAGAACUAGCCUGUGUAUCCUUGCUGGCCUUCCUCAUGUCUUUACCUACGUCAUAUCAAGAAUAUCCAAAGAGGGGUGCUGUUUCCAUCAAAUAUACGCUGUGUGGAAAAUGUGGAAGACAAUGGUAGGUUGAUGAAUAUCAAAUUAAUACAUGCCAUAUAAUGUGCUCCCUUUAUCUGCUUAUUUCAGUUUUUAAUGGAUAUUACAAGGGGAAGCCUGGAUGACAUUUCAAGGCCAGCAUCUAGCUCAAGAAUUAAUCAUGGGAGCAAAGUUUUAAGCACAUCCUUAGAGAUUUUAACACCAGCGCCAAGCCUGCCUAAGGUAACUAUUAUGUCCACUCUUUUUCUUGCUCUUUCUUCUACAGUGUUUUCAAGUUUUUGUCAGAGAUGCUGUUAAUGUUUAUAAUUAUAGUAACAUUAGUGAGGUACAGUCCUUGAGAAACCUGUAUUUAGUAUAGUGGUACCUCGGGUUAAGUACUUAAUUCAUUCCGGAGGUCUGUUCUUAACCUGAAGCACCACUUUAGCUAAUGGGGCCUCCUGCUGCUGCCGCGCCGCCGGAGCACGAUUUCUGUUCUCAUCCUGAAGCAAAGUUCUUAACCCAAAGUACUAUUUCUGGGUUAGCGGAGUCUGUAACCUGAAGCAUAUGUAACCUGAAGCAUAUGUAACUUGAGGUACCACUGUACUUAUAUUUUAUGUUUUCAUACUAAAGUGUAUUUCCGGUUGGAUCCAUCCCUCAAAUCCUCUUUCAUGGUAGAGACUCUGAUCCAUCGGAGGAUCCUGUUGGAGGAAUGGGACAGGUGAUUUUUGCCAAUUCCUGUCCCCACCCCAGUCUCCAGUGCCACACCCCACACUGUUCUGGAUGGCCCCCCAACCACCUGGAGUAACUAUUCAGGGGGAAGAAGGAAUUGGCAAAAGUCCCCCUCUCUUCUGCCUGUGGGUGUAUCCCAUAUUUGUUUCAAAAUAGGCAUCUGCACAAAUGAUUAGGUUCCACCCAUGUUUUGAAACAAUUCAUUUAUUAAAUGAAUUUUUUUUGUGUGUGUAUAUAUAAAUCAUACUUUGAAGGAGGGACAUGUGUCUUGAUACUCUUCUAGUUUUUUGCUCUCAUUCACUACCUGUCCUCCCCCCUCCUUUCUUUCUCUUUCUUUUUGCUUUGUUUAAAACAACCUAGGAAAUAAGGCCAUAAACAUUUUGCUAGGCUGCCUGUGCACUGAUACAUACUGUGAUAUGUGGCAUAAAAUAAAGAGAGAGCCAACCACUGUAAAGCUUAUUUGUUUGGUCACUUGGAGGUGAUUCUUUGCACAGGCAACUAAAUACAGUGGUAUCUCGGGAUGCGAACGGGAUCCGUUCCGGAGCCCCGUUCGCAUCCAGAAGCAAACGUAACUAGCGACAGCACGUCUGCGCAUGCGCGUGUUGCUUUUCGACACUUCUGCGCAUGCGCGUGACGUCAUUUUGAGCGUCUGCGCAUGCGCGAGCGGUGAAACCCGGAAGAAACGCACUCCUUACUUCCAGGUUGCCGCGGAGCGCAACUCGAAGGUGCUCAACCUGAAGCAACUUCAACUUGAGGUAUGACUGUAAGUGACUAUUCCCAAGACUUUUUUAAAAAAAAAUAAUACAGUAGUUUAUAAAUAUUUGCAAUGUAUUAUCAGAUCUUUAGAUUUCAUCUGAAAUUACAUUAAAAAGGAAAUUUUAUCUAUGGUUCCAAAUGGCAAUAAGGAGAAAUAGUGACCAAUGUGCUUGUAACAAAUUUCUAUUUCUGCAAACAUUUCUAGGUUGCUUUUUAUAAUGAACACAAAGAACAUGAGUCAAAAGAAAAUUAUGAUGAAAAUAGAGAGGAAUAUGGAACCAAAAAAAUGAGAACCUCGGAAGUCAUAUCUGAAGAAAAGAUGAAUAGUAGUUACCAGCUGGUAAUACAGAAUACAAAUCAGGUAAAAGGUAUGAAAUUUAGUAUGUGUACAGUGCUUGUUUACAUAUAAGUAAGUUCAAUGGCAUUUGUUAUUUUAUUUAUUUCAUAAAAUUUAUACACUGCAUGAUUGUAAAAAAGAAAAGAAAAAGCCACCCUCAAAGCAGUUUACACCUAUUCCUUAGAGUGUGUGUUAGGGUUGCCACCUUGGUUUUCUAGGGGAAAACUCAAUAUUAAAGUUACAGAACUAUGUAAAUAUUCUUCUCUUAGCUUUUUAGAAGCUCAGUUGAGAAAUUCUCUGAAUGUGGAUAAAAAAGAAGGGUUAAAUAUAUUUGAGAGCAGAAUUUUGCACUUUGACCUGCUUCAAGUAUGACUCAAGUAUUGUACAAAUUAAUCAAAUCACAAGAGGAAGACAUAUUAUUUGCACAAUGAAGAGACACCCAGAAUAACCUCCCCUUUUCUUGCUCUUCUAUUUCAAACCCUCAGUAUGCUUUUAGACUUGGGGCCAAUUCACACAAUCGAAUAAACUGUUAUUAAUUAAGUGAUAAGUCCUGUCCUUGAAAAGUCACUCGAGCUUAAUGGAUACUGCACAUGAUAAAAGAUUUUCACAAAAGUUUAUCUAAGUUAAUGUAAUAGUUGGUCCCCUGCGGUGGGGGAAACAGGAAGUUUUGCUGAGAAUGUGCUCAGCUAUUAAAUGAGUCUAUGAAACCUAGAUCCAAUCAGAACUAGAGCAGUACAUAAGGGAGGAUGUGUGAUGAAAUCUUGCAGCUUCAAAUAUAAUAGAAAGGGGGAUGAUAUAAAAAGGAAGGUAAACAGGAAGGGAGAAAUAGCAGGCUGGGUGAACAAUGACUGCUGGAUGACCCCCCCCCCCCAAAUAUCAUAGAAUCAUAGACUUUGAAGGGAUCCCCAAUGGUUAUUUAGUCCAACCUCCUGUAAUGCAGGAAUAUCAACUAUCCAACCUCUGCUUGAAAACCUCCAAGGAAGGAGAGUCCACAACCCCCUGGGAAAGACCAUUCCACUGUUGAACAGCUCUUACUGUCAGAAAAUUCUUCCAGAUGUUUAGUUGGAAUCUCCUUCCGUGUAAAAUAUUUGUCUUACAGCAUGAGCCCCUGGGAUUAGAGCCCUAUUUUAUAUUAAAUUUUGUCACAAAUAUCAGUGAAAUGCAAAAUACUGGGCAAAAGUGCAGUGAAUGUUGGAACUGAUUGAGACAUACAGUCACUGGUUUUGUGCACACUCCCCCAGAUUGCACCCUCUGCUCAAAAGUUGCUGCGUAGAGGGGGUGAUCCUAAGGGACGGAGGGUGUAGAGGGUUUUCCUGUCCUGCCUAGCACUCCCUUCUGCCUGAUGCACAGCCCCCUAACAGCCAUCGAUCACUCUGGGCCAGUCAACCUGACCUGUAACUAUCUGUGGCUGUCUGAACCUGACUCAUCCAAUACCUGAGUCCAGUUUGGCUUCGGACUCUGCCAGAUCUGGUACACAGCCCUAGCUGGAAUAGUUUCUGUAAUGGAAUAAUUUAAUAAUAAUUUGUGCACCAAGCUCCAGAGGGUUUGGUGGUCAAACUAAUGCUUCUUCUUCACUGGAAAUGUAUUGCUUGUUUCCUAACAUGAUUGUGCAGUAGGCCUUUAAUUGCUGCAUCACAGACAGAAAUGAAAUAAAUGAUUAUGUCAUCACCAUAGUAUAUUCAUGCCGGAGAAGCGUUGCCUGUUAAAUUUCUGCCUGUCCAGUGCCCAUUUAGAUAACAUGUUGUGCCAGAAAAGGGUGGUAACACCACUCUCCUGUGAGCUACAAAAUAUAUUAAUAUAAUAUGGUGAGGUAGUUAAGAAUCAGUAUGUAAGUAGUACUGUUAAAAGUUGUUUAAAGCCACACAGAUAUUUGACAGAACUUGACAGAACUUUCUCCUCCAUAUACUUGUCUACUGUUCCAAGUUGUUUCUUAGUUUGUAGUAAUGAUGAUUUCACUCUUGGUUCAAAUCUAAAGGUGCUGCUAAUUUCACGCAUGACUUCUGUUUUUCAGAAUAUUCCUCAAGCUCAGCAGAUUCUGAAGAUGACUGGGCUGAAAACAGAUGGUCUUGUAGCAGCAAUGCUCCUCAGAAUGAACUAGCUAGAUUAGCAAAAGGUAUUCCCAAAGUUUUGCCUGCAGUUGAACCUGGAGAAGACAUGCUGUUGUGCAUGACGUUGUUUAUCCAGCGUCACAAAUAAGUAGAUAGUGGAUAAAGAGAACUUGGGGUGACUUUAUUUCCAGAUCAAGCAAAUAGUAAUUCUGGGGAAUUUGUGGUUGGAACACAACUACCUUCAUCCCUGUCCAUUGGCCACAUUGGCCAGGGCUGAUGGGAGUUGGGAGUCCAACAAGAUCUGGAAGGCCACAGGUUCCCCACCCUCUAUUGUAAUGAUUUAUUUUUGUAGAACAACAUCUAAUGUUGCCAACUUUGUCAGCCUCUACUGCUAUGCUUUCAGAAACCGGAUGCACAUGAAUUUAGAAAGUGAAUGGAGAUACAGUGUUGGGGAGAAAGUAUAAAAUUUCUUCUUGUCAAACUGCUGUGAGAGGCAGAGGAUCAAGGCUAGCAAAAGUGUUAGCAACCCUGCUAGAAACUAAAGCCUAGAUUUUAGUUCUGUUCAGGCAUUUGUUGUCAUAGUUCAUGGGUAGGCAAACUAAGGCCCGGGGGCCGGAUCCGGCCCAAUCGCCUUCUAAAUCCGGCCUGCGGACAGUCCGGGAAUCAGCGUGUUUUUACAUAAGUAGAAUGUGCCCUUUUUAUUUAAAAUGCACCUCUGGGUUGUUUGUGGGGCCUGGUGUUUUUACAUGAGUAGAAUGUGUGCUUUUAUUAAAAAUGCAUCUCUGGGUUAUUUGUGGGGCAUAGGAAUUUGUUCAUUCCCCCCCUCCAAAAAAAAAUAUAGUCCGGCCCCCUGCUGGAAAAGUUUGCUGACCCCUAUACAUAGUUAAAGAAACAUUGGGGGUGGAGUGUGUGGAAAGAUAGUGGGCACAAGUGUGUUAGCUCCACCAUAUGGUACUUUUCUAUUUCCCUCUAUGACCUCAAGCGUGACUCUAUGGCAAAAUCUGUAUUCAUGGAGGCUUCUGCACAAAAUUUAUAUAUCAAUUAAUUGUAAAGACCUUAAAGCUGUUUACAUCAAGCAUAUAUUAAAAACUCUGUUGCUGUGUUUUCACUGUUCUAAAUAAGGAUAGGGAGAAUUUUGGGUUGCUCCCCAAUUUGUAGCAACAGACUAUGCCUGAAUCAGAAUGUAUACAUACAGAUUAGACCGAUCUCAGGUUUUCAAACCUUUCUGAUUGUGAUUUACUAGUCCUUCUUUUUUAAAAAAUGAGAUGGUCUAAUGGUUCUUUUUUCUUUAAAAACAAAACAAAAGUUUAACAGCAGCUUAGAAAAUCUGGUCCUUAAUGAAGAAAUAGAAGGAAAAUUCUAUCUCACACGAGAAACGUAUUGGAUACAAACUCCAACUCCUUUUAGCAGAUACAAAAGCUAAUAAAUUUGUAACUACGAUUGAAAGUCAGGAAACCAGUGGCUGCUAAACAAAGGAUUAACACCUGAACUGCUGCAAAAAGCAAGAAGAAAUAAGAACUUUGUAUGCUUAUACACAUGCAUGGGAAGCCAUCUUAAAUUGUUUAAUUCGGUUUAUGAAUGAUUGGCUCUCUGUGGUUUUUUAAUUGGAUUGUACUUUGGUUUGAGAUAAUGUGGCUAUCAUUGGAUUAGUAUUAAAAUUAAUAAAAAUUAUUGUAGAAAAAGAAAAUGUGGUACUUAAAGCACUUGUUCAAAACUUUUGAAUUAAAAGCCCCUAGAAGUGGCAGUAUAUUACAGGUGAAUUGUAUGGAGAAAAAGAUAGCACCCUCCAUCUAACUAUGGGGCAGUUAUCUUUUUUCUGCCCUUUUACCAGAGAUCUCUGCUUUUAAUAUGCAGUUUGAAAUGCUACUUGAAAUGCAGUUUAUAAGAAUUAUUGUUAAUAUGUUUAAUUUUUAAGUGACAGUCAGUUCUGCAUACCCGCAAGACUCCAAGGAGAAAGAUGUAGAUCCUCGAAUCCUGAAAGCUAUAAAGAAGAUGGAAAGGUUGGACCAGAUAUUGGCCAACAAACAAUCUCAAGAAAGAGCAAUUAAAAAACAAGGCAGGGAAAUGAGAACUAAACUGUGGGAAGAUUUUCAGGUUAGAAAUAAUUGUAAUAAUUUUGAUAUAUGCACUUUGAAAUAACUUUGUUAAUAUAUUCAGAAUUGUUUAUCUGAGUGUUUAUAGUUUAAUUUUUAAUUUAAUGUAAUUGUUGCAUUACAUUACAUCUAAUCAUGUAAACAAAUAUCUAUCACAAAGCAACCAUGUUAAACAGUUUAAAGAUGAAAAUGAAUAAAAACUGUUACAAAAAAAUAUUUCAGGUUAGAAACAUACAAUUUAAGUUCAAAAUUCUUCUGUGAGCAAACAUUUACGUAAACUAGCAUGAUUUAAAACGAUGCAUUUCACUCAAAUUUAAAUUACUCAUUGUCUUAAGAAAAUCAGAUGCUGACCUUAUAUGGGAGAACUGUUCAAGUCUUUAUUGAUCUUAUGACAAGUGCUACCCUGAUGCAGUAUUCACAAAAGUAUGUGCUACUCCAGGGGUAGGCAACCUAAGGCCCGGGGGCUGGAUGCGGCCCAAUCGCCUUCUCAAUCCAGCCUGCAGGUGGUCCAGGAAUCAGCAUGUUUUUACAUGAGUAGAAUGUGUCCUUUUAUUUAAAAUGCAUCUCUGGGUUAUUUGUGGGGCAUAGGAAUUCAUUCAUUCCCCCCCCCCAAUAUAGUCUGGCCCACAGCUGAAAAAGGUUUCUGACCCCUGUGCUACUUGGUACUUAGUCAUACCUUUAAAACAGUGUUACUAACAUGCAUUUUGGAGAUCAGUGGUGGCCAGGGUUUACCAGGUGGAGCUACAGAGUCACCCUCUCAACACUGGUGUCACUGCAGCUGGAUGGGGCAGGUCGGGGGUGAGGUCAGGGCUGUGCGGAUGCACUGACAUGAGCAUUCAGUUUGACUUAGCCAGUGCAUCUGCACAACCCCAACCUGUCCCUUAUUUGCUCUGCCCCAGCCCCACCAGGGUCAUCUGCAGAGAUGAGAGUGUUGGGAGGCUGGCUAUUCCUCACUAUACUGUCACUGUCAUAUGCAUGAAAGUUGCCACAGCUGUGGGAUCUUCUGGUCUACCUUUUCUCUGGCAUGCAGUAUUAUAUAAAUAUAUAUUUACUUAUUGUUCACAUACAGUCUAUGACAUCUCGAAGUUCUUCCGUGGUUACCGAAGAAGCAGAAAACACCAGCAGAUUUUUAGCUUUGACCACACCGUCACCGGAAAUGCCUGGUAAAUGUCAAAUCAGAGAAUAAUAAUAAUAAUAAUAAUAAUAAUAAUAAUAAUAAAAAAUUUAUUAUUUAUACCCCAUCCAUCUGGCUGAGUUUCCCCAGCCACUCUGGGCGGCUGCCAAUCAAGUGUUAAAAACAGUACAGCAUUAAUGUUAACCAUGUUGUUCUCCGCUUUAAUAGUGUCACUAUUGUUUAGGCAACGUAUGUAGAUAAAAAUUAGGCAGGCCUUGCCUGCAGGCUUCUAGCUUAACAAAUCCACAUGUGACAUACUUGUACGUAAACUUUUUGAAUUACAUUUAAAGACUUCAUGUGUGGUGCAUUAAAUUGGUGCAAACCCACUAAGUUACCAUCAGGUGGCAGUAUUUGACAAUGGAACAUGCUUGCUGAAUCUUUCAUUAUUAUUAUUUUUUUAAAGUAAGGAGAGAUGGUUUGCCCAGGUGCUAAAACCGAAGAACUCCACCCCCCCCCCCUUUUGCUGUAGAGAUCCUUUUGCUGGUCCCUUUUGCUGGUACCUUUUGCUGUAGAGAUCAUGUUUCUCAUUGAUACUGGCCAACAGAACUAUGCAUAGUUUAAAUAGUUUAGGAUCCUCCUUGCCCAAGGCAUUUGUACUGCAUAUCUACAGUCAGGCCCAUUCUGUCUGAAUUUUGCUAAAUAGCUUAAUUUACUUGAAAAUAAAGGUUGGAAUGUAAUACACUAAUUAGCUCUCGAAGAGGUUAGCGUUUAAUCAGUCUUGGCACUAUGAAAGGUGAGCUUCUGAAAUUAAUUUUGCAGUUGACUGUCCACUAGGCAAAGGGACUAUAGGGAAAUGCAGAAAGUACAGAGGCAGUGAUAAUUUCCCAAUUAACAGUGGUAAUUCAAAACAGUAGUCUUUAAGGUGCCACAUGACUUUGUUGUUUUUGCUGCAACAGACUAACACGGCAAUCAAAUAUAUUUCAGUCUUUCUGAAAUAUCCUGUGCAUCUGCAGUGCCUGAAUAAGAGACUGUAUUGUGUAGUCUACUUGACUAAAAGGCACUCUAUCUACUCAAGCUGGCUUGUAUUAUUCAUGUCAUUGUCUGUCUUGUGGUUCUUGCUCUGCAUGUUCUGUAGAGUUGCCAGAGAAGGGCUGUUAUUUCAACACGUUUACAUUAUAGUUUCUGGCUGAUUCUUGGCUGACGUUUGAGAGCUUUAUGAGCACUAGCUAGUUUCAGACAAUGAAAAGAUAAAUUUCUUCACCGAACUGUUCUGACAGCAUUUGUGGGUAAAUAAUCAAACUGGCUCUGUGCAAAGUGCAUGAGAUAAUGAAAUGGUUGUGUUGCUGCUGCUCCAUUUAUUCAGCUGGUCCCCUUAAUACACAUAUACAGUGGUACCUUGGUUUAAGAACAGCUUAGUUUAUGAACAACUUGGAUUAAGAACACUGCAAACCCAGAAGUAGGUGGUUUGGUUUGUUGAGUGUGUUACAUUUGUAAAUUGAGUCCCCCGCAGCUAAGGGAAAGCACGCCUUGGUUUAAGAACACUUUGGUUUAAGAACGGACUUCUGGAACGGAUUAAGUUCGUAAACCAAGGUACCACUGUAUUGUGCUACUGCUCAGCCUACUGUAAAUGUAGGUGAGGAUACCCAUUUCACCAAAUGCAAGUUUGUUCAUGGGUCCAUUCAUGGGCGUAGCAAGGAUUUUUGUUAGGGGGGCAGGCCUUUGUUGUGGGGGGCAGGUAUUUUGUUAGGAGGGGCAGAACCUCAGUUAGCAAUGUACAGUACAACCUCGACUUCCGACCGCCCCUACUUGCGAACAAUCCAACUCACGACCACAGCAAACCCGGUAGUAAAUACUGGGUUUGCCGUGAUUCGCGCAUGUGCAGAAGCCGUUUCUGCCAACUACACGGGCGCAGAAGUGGCUGCAAUGUCUGCACAUGCACAGAACAGCGCUGCCGCCGAAUGUGCAUGCGCAGAAUGGCGCUUCUUCCAGUGACCCGGAUCGACUCACGAACAGACCUCCGGAACAGAUUCCGUACGUGAGUAGAGGUUCUACUGUAUUUUUAUUGAUUGGGAGGGGCAGCUGCCGUUCCCUGCCCCCCCCGGCUAUGCCUAUGGGUCCAUUCUUGACAUAUCCGUUGCAUUGUGUGACUUGACUCUUUAUCCUAUGCCAAUUAGAUAAAGGAAUUGGUCUUUGUAUCUCUUUGUACUUGCAAUCUAGUUAUAUUUUUUUCACUGAAUUUCUCUGUCUCCUUUUAAAAGAAUUAGACUAAAAGUUGUCUUGUCUCUUAUUCAUUGCUACUCAGUUUUGUGAAAAUGUAAUUUUACGCGCCACAGGAAUCAUCCAAAAGGUACCUUUUCACACUGCUGAAUUAGCACUGCAACAUUCCCUAACUAAAGCAGGCAUAUAGCACUAGUAUGACCCUAUGUGUCUGAACUGUUGGAAGUGGAAAUACAGCCAUUAUGAGCAUCUGGAUAAUAUAACCAUUGCUUGACUGUGCCGUUACUGUAAAUAUCUUUAAUCUAUGUGGCUCCCUUCCUUCAGUGAGCAGAUGGGAUGUUAGGGCAUUUCCAUAUGUACUAGAUAACUAUAUCAGAUCAUAGCUGAAGGCGUAGAAAUCUUCAUAUUUACAGAAAGUAAUGCAUAGCUCAAAGCACAUGGCCAGCCUUUGAGAAUGAGGAGUAGAUAGAAGAAGUCAUUUAAUUAUAUUUCCGGGUUGUUCUGAAAUGGUAAUUUUAGGGAGUGGGAGAGGUGGCACAAUGGCAUUCCUUUCUGUGAAAACUAGAUAAUUGUGUAUUCUGUUGAGAGAAAGAAAUGAUGCUCAGUCUCCUUGAUCCCACACCACACUACCAGUGGUCUGGUCAUUGAAGCUAACUACAAUGCCAAUCAUCAAUAUGAAACUUUACAGGCUUCCAUUCUUACAAAUAUUAAGUUGAUAUAUUUGUCACAGGUACUGGUGAAUAUGUGACUGUUAAUCUUUUUGUUUUGAAAUGUAAAUAAUUAUCAGUUAUUUAAUGCCACAUUUUAUUAACAGACUCUCCUGCUGCUGAAGAAGAUGAAAUGUUUGUUAGUGUAUUUCACACGCAGAUUCAUCCAGAAAAUUAUGGGAAUAAUAGUAGACAAACGAAGCAAGGUACAGGUUAUAUCAGUUUACCUUUGUUCCAUAGAUCCAGUGACAAUUCUGCCUUUUGCCCGGGGAUACUGGUUUAGACAUAAUGGGUAACCAUAUUGUCCUGUUACAAGAAUGAUCCUGCAUGCACCUUAGACUCAAGUGUUCCCAUCUCUUCUCUACUCUUUUGUAGAUGUGAGGAGGUUAAACAUGUCACUUUUGCUUUUGAACAGAAGACAGUUUCCUGUUAGGAUGAACUUGGGGACCUGUGGUUGACAAACAAACCAUUAUAAACAAAUGAAGAUAUAACACUCGAGUUAGAACUCUGGGCUGCAGAAAGCAGUCUACCUGGAUAUGUACUGCAGUUUUGUAUUUGUAUCUCCUAAAGUUUUGAGGCAAUUACUACAUCAUAUUUGUAAUGCCUUUAACUACAUUUCCUUCUGAAUGAUGAAGAAGGCAGUGCUAUUAGAGUAUUGAGUGCUUUGGCAAAAAGGCAAUGUUUAAAGAAGUAAAUAUAAGUUUAUAGCACAUUCAGAAAUAUGUACCAUAAUACAAUUUUGCAGGUUUGAAUUACUACAUAAUCAUAAGUGUUUUCUUGUUGUGGGAAGUAUAUUUGAAGUAUAAUGGCAGUCAUUGUCCUGAGCAGAUUUAUGCUAAAGGUAAAGGUAAAGGGACCCCUGACAAUUAAGUCCAGUUGUGAACGACUCUGGGCUUGCGGCGCUCAUCUCGCUUUAAAGGCCGAGGGAGCCGGUGUUUGUCCACUUCCGCAGACAGUUUUUCCGGGUCAUGUGGCCAGCAUGACUAAACCGCUUCUGGCGAAACCAGAGCAGCGCAUGGUUUAUGCAAAGGGAAGGACUAUUCAAAUAAUGGGAGUAACUUCAGGCAUAGAUAGGAUGAGACCAGUGGUUCCCAAAGUGGUGGGAUUACCAAUGGGGGCACUAAGAGGCAAGGGGGUGGCAGGGGGCACUGGAGGUGUAAAUGACUAUCAGCUAAAUACCACUGGAUCAAGUUCAUUGGUUUUGUUGAAUUAAUUUUAAACUAAAUACGGUAGUUUUAAUGGGAUUUUGCCUAAAUGUGCAAUUAAAUUGUUACUGUUUUGAAUUUUAUUAUGUUAUCUUCCUUAGUAAGUUGUGCAAACCGCUAUUCUAAGAAAUGCUUUUUAUAGGGUAGGAUAGGAGGGGGCACUGGGGAUAAAGGGGUGGUGGCCCCCAAAGGUUUGGGAACUACUGGAUUAGGCUAUAGUUAGUUGCUUGAAAAUUUUGUGCAUGACUGUAACAAAUGACUUUGCACUGAAAUCCAUCUAAUUUUAUUAGUCAUAUUUUUGAAAGGUUACUGAAAUUAAUAUAGUCCAAAAUGAAUUAUAUUUGUGUACUGUAUUUGCCCAGUUAUACUUUUAGAAUUUUUUUUCUGAAUUGCAUGUUGUUUAGGUGACGAUAGAACAAGAAGCUCAAUAAAGAAAAUGGAAAAUAUGACUAAGAAAAGUGAAACAACCAGUAAAAAAACUGAUUUUGUUAAAAAGAACAUAGAGGUAUGUGUUAACAGUCUGCAUGGCAAAGUACAGGAUUAGAACUCUUUGUCAAGUCUCAUCAUGCUACUCAUUUAGAAAUUAAUAAUGGAUGAUUAACUUUGCUACAAAGAUUAACCUAUAUAUAGCCUGCCUGAAGUUUUUAGGAAAAGGAUGAUAACUAGAUUGCUGAUCACUUCAGCUAAAUCAUGUAUUGCUGGGAAAACGUACUAGAAUCUACUGAACUGGCAUUUAUGGAGCCCAUGUUGUUUAUUUUGUACUAUCAGGCUCUUCUAAUGCUAUGCCUGUGGUUUUUUUUCCGCUGUCAGGAAAUGGAAAGGAGACUUACGAUUAUUCUUAUACCUAAAAGUUGUGAGUGGUAUGGUGGAAGAUAUCCCUGCCACAAGACUUGUAUGGAAUUUGUUCAGAUCCUGGAACAUCAGUUUCACAUAAAUUACAUUGUGGGCAGUGCAGAGCCUAUGCUCUAGUUAUGUUUUAAAAAGAGCCUUGUGGAUCAAACCAAAAACCUGCCUAGUCUAGCUUCCUGUUUCCCAAAGGGGCCAGCCAGAUCAUUUGAGGAAGCCUAGAAGCAGGGCAGUAGCCCUCUUGCUGUUGUUCCUCAGCAACUGAUAAUCAGAUAUUUUGCCUUUGAUUCUGGUAGUAUCAUAUGGCUACUGUUACCAGAAGCUAUUGAUAGCCUUAUCUUUCACUGAUUUGUCUAAUCAUAUUUUCAAGCUGUCUAAGUUGGAGGUUCCACAUGAAUUUUGUAGUUUAAUUAUGUGCUGUGUUAAAAUGUACUUCUUGUCUCUCUGAUUCUCCCGCCCUUCCAUUUCAUUGGAUGGGAGAAGGAGAAAAAACCCUCUCUCUCUCUGCACCUUCUUCAUUCCAUGUCAUCGUGGAUCUGUGGUGUCAUUAAGGGCUUAAUUACACAAGAUGGUAGUAGACUUAUCCUUGAAGCCCUUACCCUACCUCUCCCUUUCCUGUCCUAUUGUGUCCAUGGAGACCUUUUCCCCCAUAACUGCACUGCAGGACUAGGAAUGAUCCUGGAUCAAAAGCAGCUCUGUGCAUAUGUUUGCGGGGAAGAGAUCAGCAGAUAAGGAUUGGGUUGAAAAGUCUCCACCCACAUAACCCUUUGAUCUGUCACUGGCUUGCUACAGUCAUAUGUAUUCUGGCCCUCGGCUACUGCCAGUGUGGUGUAGUGAUUAAGAGUGGUAGACUCGUAAUCUGGGGAACCGGGUUCGCGUCUCCGCUCCUCCACAUGCAGCUGCUGGGUGACCUUGGACUAGUCACACUUCUUGAAGUCUCUCAGCCCCACUCACCUCACAGAGUGUUUGUUGUGGGGGAAGGAAGGGAAAGGAGAAUGUUAGCCACUUUGAGACUCCUUCGAGUAGUAAUAAAGCAGGAUAUCAAAUCCAAACUCUUCUUCUGCUUGUGCUGUGAAUGGCAUAGGUUGCUUGAGCACAAAGGUCAGCCAUUAUUUCUGCAAAGUUUUUCACCUUCUGAUAAAAUUAUCUGAAACCCAUUUGUCCUUUCAGGUGGAUUUGUUGAUACAUAUCCUUCUGUAUCAAAAAUGUGAAGAUUUCAAAGUAUUCUUCAUAAGCCACCACAUUUGUUAUAUACAGUAUUGCAGUCGGUGGCUUGCUAGCAGCAGCAGGACUUUAUUUUAUUUUUAUUUUUAAAAUUAUUUUUAUUUUAUUUUAUUUUCAUUCAUAAGUGUAAUAAUAAAAAUGGAAAUAUAAAAGAUGUAAACAUAAUAAAAGACUAUGAUACCAUAAUGGAGGUUAAAAGCUCAUCAUUCCAUCAUCAGUCUUCAAUGGCUUCAGGCUUCCAAAUUACUCUCUUUAUUCAGCUGGCCAAGGAUUCAGUUAACCAAGUAGUUAUGCCAGAGGAAGAUAAGAAGAGGCUGUCAGAAUUGCUGAAAGAUACUGAAGAUGAGAGCACUGAACUUCAAGUAACUAAGGUACACAGAUAUUCAUCCAGAUUGAUCCAAAACAGUAGUUUGUACUCUCCAUUUCAGAGGAUUAGUGCAGUUCUGGAUUCUUCUUUGGUUUUCAGUGGUGGCAUAAAAUUUUAUGUGGAGUGGAACCUUGCAUCAGUGUGGAUGCUUAUUGGCAACAUGCAAGCACUACAGUACUUCUUUGCCCGAGUGCACGCUGACAUUUUCUGAGUACAGGGUAGUGAGAGUUAAAUAGUGAUUUGUUUGUUUGUUUUGCUGCAAAAGUGGCUACAAGAAGAAAGUAAUUUUCUUUAUCUUGUACAUAAGUACCUAAUAUAUUGGGAUUUGUCUCCUCUUUGCUUUAUAAUGAAAUUUAAAAUAAUUAGUAUUUUCCCAAGCACACUUAGGAAUAAGAGCCUCUAGCCUGCCAGUAAUCAGCAUUCUUCUGGUGACCUUGCAAAACCGUUCUCAAAACUGGUGGACCUCUUAUGGUCGGCCUGUUUGUCGCCACCCUAGCGGCGAUGCAGCGUGCCUCUGAAUAGGUGCAGAGUACCACCCCACCCCCCCGCUGCUGAGCAGUAUCAGUACCUUUUUUCCCCCUAGAAAAAAAGCACUGCCCCUAUCCUUUAUGCAAGUUAUGUAUAAUCAGUAUUUUUAUGAAAAGUUAUGAGAUGUUGCUUGAUGAACUAAAAUUUUAACACACAUGGUUUCGUAUCAGAUCUGCAUUUAUUUGUGCUGAGGAGAAUCUUUUUCUCUUAAAAAUAACAUGGCAGGGUUUUUUCGGUCCUAGUUUAUAUGCCCAAAUAGUGUGACUAAUUCGUUAUUCCUUUUUCUAGGAAGAAGCAAGUACAAUGCUAGCACCAGGUGAAGGUUACACACCUGAGCCAUUGGAAUACCAUCACCUCACUGAAAUCAAUGCCAAACUCAAACUAGUAAUCUCUGAUGGAAAUUUAUCUGCAGAUCAGAACUCCUGUUCAAUAGUCUCUAAACAGAUUUAUCAGGUACAGUGCAACUUUGAAUAUACCUUUAAAUGGUCACUAGCCAUUGCUUAACAUGGGAAUUUGGAGAUGCUUUAAUUCUAGUGAAUUGCUUCCUGUUUUCCUUGAAUCCCUGUCAGCUUAUCCUUCUUGAGCCAAUCUAAGAUAUAUUGUACCCAUUACAUUCCCAACUGAGACAUGCAGUCAGACCCAGCUGUUUUCUGAAUGUUUGUGAGACUCCCAAACCAAUUCCUUCCCACCCACUGUUCUGAAACUCCUCUUCAUACCACCCUUCUAUCUGCAUAUUCACCUUGCUGUUUGGGCUGAAGUGAAGGACGGAUCUUUCUGCUCGUUCCCCAGUGCCUGAUGCUGCUAUGGCAGGAGCACUGAGAAAUAUUGUUUUACAUUUCUCAGUUUUUCUGGCACCUUGGUCAUUGCUGUAACUGAGGGGAGAUACCUCUAGUCAGCUGCUGCUGCUGCUGCUGCUACAUCCAGGUCAGCAGAGUGGUAAAGGCAGACCAUUGAGUGAAAGGGAGGAGAUUAAAAUCUGAGCAGCAGAAGAAUUCAAGAGGUUGAAAUGCUUAUCUCACAGUUGCUGAGGUUUGUGUCCUUAUCAUAGAAAUUGUGAUGGUGGUGACAUUUAUUCUCAGUUCCUUGUACCAAACCUAGUACGAGCACAACUGCAGGCUUCCAGCAAGUUAGUUUUAGUUCACCUGAAGCUGUGCAUGUAGUGUUAAACAAUGAUUUAGCGUUUUGUGUGAACCAGCCCUAUAGCAGUGCACUGGGCCAUAUUUGGAAACCAAUGCUCUGCACUUAGCUCCCAUGCCUAUAUUUCUCUCUGCAAGCUAUUGAGCUCUGGAACAUCUAUGCAAUGUUUAUGUAAAAUUAUGCUCUCCUUGUAAUAUAACAGAAAACUGUUUUGUGAAACCAUCAAGGUCAGUAAGACUUCUGAGGGAGUAUAAAAUGAACAAAAGGUUAAUGCAAACUUCUAGGGUGCUUGACUUUCACACACUAUCAUCAUUUGGCAGAAAAACAGCAGAACAAUAAUCAAAGGAAGUUUCCUCAUAUUAUUCUAAUGUCUUGGAAUAGGCCUGAAAGCAAGAGCCUAAUUCUGCUGUGCUCCCAGGGAGCCUGUGGACCUCAAAGCUGUCACUGGCCCAGGACUGAUUAUUAUCCUUCCUGGGCAUUGAGCCAGAUCAGUUUUAUGGGAAAAUGCCUUAUUUUUGGAGAAACAGGAGACAUUAGUUUAGAAGGCUAAUUAAAGGAACGCAGUUCAGAGUAGGCUUCAAAUGUCAGAAUAGGAGGUAUUUGCAAUAAUGUGUUUAGGAUUGUCAGAGCUGUAGUCCAUCAUAGUUUAUGAGUGUGUUCAUACCAUUAUGUGCAAUCAAACUAUAUUUUUGCACAGUGAAAUACAAUGCUGUCAUUAGAUACAUCAGUGCAAACUAUGUUUUCUGGUGCAACAGGUAGGUUGUAGAAGAAAUAAAUAUUUGCCAGCAAUCUUUAAACUUUAGCCAAUCUUUUUAGCAUAAAUUACUGUCCAUAGAUUGCGUGUGUUGAAUGCUUUUGCUGCUCAGAACUAGUGAUGGAAAAUACAUUUGCUGUAGGAGUAGAGACAAGGCCAUUAUCAGAGGAAAAGCCACACUGGCUGGAUGCAGCUUCACUUUUCUUUGUCAUGAUGGUCUCACCAUCUUAUUUUCUCUCUCUACUUAUUUUUGUAUUUGUGGUUAGCCCUGUCAACUGAAGAUAACAUUUCAUGCAUGUGCUGAAGUGAACGCAGAAGCUUAAGCUCAUGCCAUAAUAAAUUGGUUAGCCUUUAAAGUGCCACAAGGCUCUUGUUUUUACUGCAACAGAGUUUAUGUAGCUGGCACUCUGGAACAUAUGCUCGGCGAAUAUGCCACCAAAUGCAAAGGAGGAGAGGGGUCCUUGUCUUUCAAGAGUUGUGUAGAAAAGGGAAUUAGAGCAUGUGCAGCUUUUUAUAAAAGGAUGGGACAACUUUUAGAAAUCCAGUCUUUCUAAACAAAUGUGAAAGGUGCAGAAUCCCUCUUUUCUUUUGCACCUGACAAUCUGGGUUUUUUUAACGGUCAGAAAUAGUAUCUUUAUUCUGAUAACUAGCUUUUAUAUAGCUGUGCCAACUUUGUGUAGAAACCUUAAUCCAUCUUAAUUAGCUGCAAUAAGAAUACUUUACUGUUGUAGAGUGUUCUUUUAUUGGUCUUCAUAUUUUAAACCUUUCUUUGCUGCAUUGGGAAUAUUGGCCUAAAAGUAUCAUGGAAACAAUCUUUAACAAACACCUUGCACAAUUCCUUGAUAUCUCAGGAUGGCAUUGGCAAGGAUAAUCAGAGAAUCUUAAGUAUGGAACUCCUCAACCAUGGAGAGAGGAAUAGGAAGAAGAUGGGAGUGAAAAAAUCGGCAGCUCAGUCUUGAAAUUUCUAGCACAGCCUCCACUUAACUGUUGUUACUGGACAACUUGUGAAAUGGUGCGAUACUCCCAGUGUUUUGUUUCCUGGCAAGCAUUUAUCAAGAAGCAGAGAGAAAUACUAUCUUAUGACUAAGGGCCAGUGCAUACAUUCCAAAGAAUCGGAAUGCAGACUCACUUUGGAUAUUGUUUUAACAGGAAAGUGGCUAAGAAAUAUUUAAAAUAAAUUGAAGUUUAUUGAAGAAUUGGUGCAAGUGACUUGUACUCCUUUACCUGCUUCUUUGUAAUGUUAAGUCCGACAUAAAGCACCCUACUACAGGCUUGUUAAAAAAAGAAAGAAAGAAGGAUCAUCCUUGAGCAAAACAGGGUUGUUUUCACACUUCCUCCUUAGCUCUCUCAUAUUAUUUUUCAUAUCUUCUUCAUUAUUUUUGUUCACAGUGAAUUUUCUCAUUUCUGUGCAGCACUCUGCACUCAUAUUUGCCUCUCUUGUUAACUGGCUUAUGUGAUGCACCUUCUCAGAUCCUUCCUUGCAAUGCCUUCCUUUGCAUCUAACACAAACUAGUUGCAUUUACUUUCAAAGGUCUCCAUAGCCUUGCCCUACUCUGUCUUUCAGACCUUAUUUCCCAGAAGUCUCCUGUUCCCUUAAACUACCUUGCUCAAUUAUUGCUGCCCUUAAUAGUUUGAAACUUGGAGAAUGCCUACAUGAUGCCACUUCUUGCUGUCUCUUGAAAUGCUUCUUCAAAACCAGCCUUUACUGUGAAGCCUAUUCCUCACUGAAAUAAAGUGUAUGUGCUGCAGUUGCUCACAGUAAUCAAUUAUUACUCUUAACCUCUGUUUCCACACUUCCUUCUGUUUUCUUGCUUACUGUCAACAUUUUAAGCUUCUUGGCAGAUAACCUGUCUCCAUGUUACUCUGUAAAUUGUACAGUGGUACCUCGGGUUUAGUACUUAAUUCGUUCCGGAGGUCCGUUCUUAACCUGAAACUGUUAUUAACCUGAAGCAUCACUUUAGCUAAUGGGACCUCCUGCUGCCACUGCGCCACUGGAGCCCGAUUUCUGUUCUCAUCCUGAAGCAAAGUUCUUAACCUGAAGCACUAUUUCUGGGUUAGCGGAGUCUGUAACCUGAAGCGUAUGUAACUCGAAGCGUAUGUAACCCAAGGUACCACUGUAUAUAGUGAUGUUACUAAAAAUAGCAGUCAAUUUUAAUUGAUUUUAGAAGUACAGUGGUGCCCCGCAAGACGAAUGCCUCGCAAGACGGAAAACUCGCUAGACGAAAGAGUUUUCCGUUUUGGAGGUGCCUCGCAAAACGAAUCUGCUAUGGGCUUGCUUCGCAAGACGAAAAUGUCUUGCGAGUUCCUGGGGUUUUUUUUCCCUUUCCCCCCUCUUUUUCUAAGUCGCUAAGCUGCUUAUCUGCUUAUCCGAUAAGCUGAUAAGCUGCUAAAAGCCGCUAAAAGCCGCUAAUAGCGCUAAUAGCGCUAAUCCGCUAAUCCCGUCAAUGGGCUUGCUUCGCAAGACGAAAAAACCGCUAGACGAAGAGACUCCCAGAACGGAUUCUUUUCGUCUUGCGAGGCACCACUGUAGUAGUGUGGAACAACUUCGGACCCAAAACAAAAUGUUGCAGUAUACCCUGGCUCCCCAUUCCCAGUAGCAGCUAUUCUAUUCAGAGUACUAGUUAGCCAGCCACACCUACUUCUGGGAGGUAUUCAACUAAACAGUUAUGCUAGCAUGACUUUUAGCUGUGCAAUGUAGCCCCCUACCCCCAAUCUAUUCUGAAGCACUGUGCUAUCAUAAGUAUCAUAGGAACUAAAGCCGGCCAAUUCACGCUCUACCCUGUUUUCUAGCUUUCUCUUCCAGCUAACGCUCAGCAUCGUGUGACCUCUGGGCAUCUCACUGAGCAUAAUUUAGCCUCAUGGGUAUUUUUUUGGGGGGGGGGGUCCCCUUUUGGUGAGCCCCUCAACCUUUUUGUUGUAACUCUGCAAAACUGAGGGAUCUCUCAAGCAUGCUUGUUUUUCAGUGGCCCUAUUUUGCUAUGAUAUCGGUUGGCUCAAGGAAGUAGUAAUACUUCUGAUGUUUACUAAGCUCAUUUUCUGCUCAGUUGUGGUCCAAACCUAAAAUGCAAUUUUCUAUAUAAUUUAUGCUGCAUAUGAAACCCGAGACUAGUUACCUACCAAGCAAAACAAGUGCAUGGUAGCUUACACCUAGCAUGUAUCAGACUGAGCUGCAACACUUAUAAAGUGCAUAAUUGGGCCAAUUGUUUCAAUUGACUUCCUUCAAAACUAGUUCGUUGUGUUUGGCCCCCCUAAAGAUUUGGCGAGUAAUCUGAAAUAGUUGUAGACUUAACCAUCUGUUUGUAUUUCCACUUAGCCGGAAUGAACUUCAGUUAUUUAUUCUCAUGUUAUUUGCUCCAGAUUUUUGUCUGCCAAGGACUGUGUUUAAUGAUAAUUUCAAAGCAAAUUCCCAAGCUAAUGUUUCAUUAUGUGCAAAAAUGUAAUUAUCAACAGCUUAGAGAUUUGGUUCCUACCACUUGUUACUAUAUUUGAAGAAUAUAGGAAUUCUAUAUUUGUGUGUCCUUAAUCCUUAACAAAUGGUUUUAAUAAGUUUGUAUAGGAGUAUUUCAUCUUGGCUGUUACAGGAAAGUUGGAUCCACAACUCUUUUCCAUGAUUGUAUUGUUUUUCAUUUAGGAAAUUGGCGUAAUCAAAGCCUUCUUUCUCUCUCAAGCAUUUCCCCCCCAUAUGCCAGAUUUAAUUAAAUCAUUAUAGUUAUGCUUGUCUCUUAAUUUGGUUUAAUUAUUUAUUUAGUUUGAGCUCUUAAGUUUAGUUCAGUUGAGUUCCUUUCUUUUUUAAGGAGAAAGGUUAUGCACAAUAGAAUUGCAGACUUAGGAGUUCUGUUUCAAUGCUAAGGAGUGUCCUAUACUGAACCCUUGGCAGUGCAGAGUGUCUUGGAUGACUGGCACUGCUGUGGAAGGACGAGUGAUCUGUGAUGCAGAAUCCCUUCAUGAAGAUGGUUUCCAUCCUUAGCAGAAGGAAGUUGAAGGUUAGGUUAAGCCUCUUUAUUCCUGUGGAUGCCUGUGGAAGCCAGACUUUCAAAUAGCCCUGCAUUGUGCUUUGGCUGAACACACCUGUUCCCAGCAGGGAAACAGGCAUGCAUAGACAAAGCAGUGGGAUCUAACCCCCACUCCCUAGCUGAUGAGGAGGGAUUAAAAGCCCUCAUCAGCUGAUGAACAGGGGUUAAAUCCUACUACUUUGGCUGCAUGUACCAGCUCCCAGCAGGGGAACUGGCAUGCACUACCAACACAAAAUUAAACCCUGCCCCCUGCCCAUUAGCUGAUGUCACCCUCCCAUCAGAGUGCUGUCAGUUGAUUGGCAGGUGGCCAUAUUUUAUUUUAUUUUUUUAAUGCCUUGCAGGCCAAAUUUUACCUCCAGGCAGGCCAAGAUUUGGUCUGAGGGUUGGAGGUUUCCCCUCUCAUGUAUGGUAUUGAUUUUUAUAUCCCCUGACCCCCCCAAUAGUUGAUUUAUAUUUCCUUCUUCCAAUAAUUAACAUGCUCAGUUUUCAUUGGGUUGUUUUGGUCCUCCACCCCUGUCCCCAAUUUUAUGUCCCUCACAUUGUUGUUGUUAUUAUUAUUACUAUUUUUAUUAGUUUUGGUAUUUCUGCACUGCAAACAUUGGUAUUUCUCCAAGCUUGCGGAUACUAUCUCUUGUAUCUAGGUGGUGUUGAUCUGGCAACAUAAGGACACUCAGAUAAUGAAUUUGCUACUAAUAUAUAUGAUGAUAUAUAAUAAUGUAUUACAAUGCAUGUGUUUUAUAGUACAAUAAUAGGCAUGCCAGUGUUUAGGGUUUAUCUUAAAAUAUGAUUCAAAAAUCUGGUGCUCAGCUUUUCAAGCUGCAUGUACUACUACAGUGGUACCUCGGGUUACAGAUGCUUCAGGUUACAGACGCUUCAGCUUACAGACUCUGCUAACCCAGAAAUAGUACCUCAGGUUAAGAACUUUGCUUCAGGAUGAGAACAGAAAUGGUGUGGUGGCAGCGGGAGGCCCCAUUAGCUAAAGUGGUGUCUCAGGUUAAUAACAGUUUCAGGUUAAGAAUGGACCUCCAGAACAAAUUAAGUUCUUAACCUGAGGUACCACUGUACUGAUAAAUGCUAUUGUGAAACCCAUCCCUUUGUUAACAGAGAGUGGGUACACCAGGAAACGUUCUUGAUUGGUAUUAUGGUUUUAUCUAAAUGUAUUUUUUUUACAACAUUAAAACAACCUGUAUGUGUGAUUAAUCAGUGCUUUCAGAUGCCAUCAUGCUACAUUUGACUUGAGGGCGGUUGAGCUAAACCUUUUGGCAUGACAUUUGGCUCUUAGAAAAACUGCCAUUACUGGCAUUGCCACAUGGUUUGCAUUACAGUAGUAGAUGUUAGAUGUUAACAAGCAGAUUAAAAUAAGGAUUUAAAAGGAACUACAUAGAGCUAAUGCCAGCUCUGUGCAACCAGACAGCUAUCUGUAAGUCUGAGCUUUUCCACAUGAUAAAAUGGGUGCCCCGACUGCAUUUAAUGAUUAGUGUGCUACUCUCACAGGCUUGUAUCUUGUGCCAGAAGAGUGAUAUCAUGUCUGUGAGUAAUGGGUAGGAGAGAGUCUGGUGGUGGUGGGAAUAGUGACAAUGCUGUCCACAAUUUAUUUUAUAGGGUCUGGAUGAAUAGUGGAUCUCCACAACCUGAAAAUAAAUAAAAUAUUUAAGCAAAUGUUUCUGAAAUGGCUGUUCAAUGCAUGAUAAUAAGCCUUGCUGCUCUUGGAACUUAAAAAGUGUUUUAAUACUCUACAAUGAUGCAUGGCGAGUAAGCCCUGAGUGUUUAAUUACAUCCCAUAGGUGCCUAUGGCACUUGUGUAAUCACAAUUUGCACCAUAAUUACUAUAACAGUGGUUAUAUUUUCCCAGAUAAACAAAAUAGUGCAACCAAAGCUUAGAAAAUGUGACAUCUAUCAAACAGAAGAGCAAGCUCAAAAAUAUUGGGUGACAGAUUAGCUUUUUUCCCCUCCUUGUGUUCUCUGUCCAGUUUUAUUUUCCAUCACAGUAUGGUAUCCUUAAACGAAAUCCCAUAUGUCUGCAAACAGAGUAGCCAUGCAAUCUUAUGCACAUUUCCAUGGGAGUAAGCUCAACUGAAUCCAGUUAAUAAUAAUAAUAAUAAUUUUUUAUUUAUACCCCGCCCUCCCCAGCCAAGGCCGGGCUCAGAGCGGCUUACAAGCAAUAAUAAAAACAAGAUGAAUGAUUACAACUUAAAAACAAAAAUAAAAUACAACAUUAAAAUAAUGGAACAUUAAAAUAUUAAAAUGUAGCCUCAUUGCAGGAGGAGAAGGAAAAGAAAAAAGAAAGAGAAGGAGGGAGGGAAUCAAAUUGGCUCCAAGCCAAAGGCCAGGUGGAACAACUCUGUCUUACAGGCCCUGCGGAAAGAAAUCAGAUCCUGCGGGGCCCUGGUCUCGUGAGGCAGAGCGUUCCACCAGGCCGGAGCCAGAGUUGAAAAGGCCCUGGCUCUGGUUGAAGCCAAUCUAACUUCCUUAGGGCCCGGGACCACUAGGGUGUUGCUAUUUAUGGACCUUGAGGCUCUCCGUGGGGCAUACCGGGAGAGGCGGUCCCGUAGGUACGAGGGUCCUAGGCCGUGAAGGGCUUUAAAGGUCAAAACCAGCACCUUAAAUCUGACCCUGUACUCCACCGGGAGCCAGUGCAGCUUGAAAAGCACUGGGUGAAUCAGCUCCCAUGGCAGAGACCCCGUGAGGAGCCUCGCUGCAGCAUUCUGUACCCGCUGGAGUUUCUGGGACAGCUUCAAGGGCAGCCCUGCGUAGAGCGAAUUACAGUAGUCAAGCCUGGAGAUGACCGUCGCAUGGAUCACUGUGGCCAGGUUGGGGUGGGAAAGGUAAGGGACCAAAUGCUUGAUGCGGCGAAGGUGGAAAAAUGUCGCUUUGGCUGUUGCUGUAACUUGCGCCUCCAUGGAAAGAGAGGCGUCAAGGAUUACACCCAAACUCUUAACGGAAGGCAGUGGCACUAAUUGGGCCCCCGCAAGAGAAGGGAGUUGGUCCCUCAUCCCCAUGCCAUCCCGACCUAGCCAUAGGACCUCUUGUCUUCGAAGGAUUUAGUUUCAAACGGCUCCCACGAAACCAUCCAGCCACAGCUUCCAAGCAUCUGGUCAGUGUGUUCGGGGCCGAGUCGGUGUGGCCAUCCAUCAGCAGAUAGAGCUGAGUGUCAUCAGCAUAUUGGUGACAGCCCAGCCCAAAGCUCCGGAUAAUCUGGGCAAGGGGCGCAUAAAGAUGUUAAAAGCAUCGGGAGAGAAUUGCGCCCUGCGGCACUCCACACACCAAGGAGUGGCGCGACGACAUUUCCCUCCCUAGUGCCAACCUCUGUCCCCGACCAGAGAUAAAAGAGCACAACCAGUUACGGGCUAUGCCCUGUAUCCCCACGUCUGCGAGGCGGUGGUCCAGAAGAUCAUGAUCGACCAUGUCAAAGGCUGCUGACAAAUCUAAAAGGAUCAGCAGUCCUGACCCGCCUCGAUCCAGUUGUCUCCGGAGAUCAUCUGUUAGAGCAACCAGAGCCGUCUCUGUCCCAAAACCAGGACGGAAACUGGACUGAAAUGGAUCUAAUGCCGAUGUUUCCUCCAGAAACCUACCAAGCUGUUCAGCAACCACUCUCUCAAUUACCUUACCCAGGUAUGGAAGAUUUGAAACUGGGCGGUAAUUGGAUAGGUCUAAGCGAUCUGAUGAAGUUUUCUUUAAGAGUGGACACACCACUGCUUCCUUCAGUUCCCCUGGGAAUGUCCCCGUGUCAAGGGACAAAUUGAUAAUUUCAACCAGGGGGGUCCGCGCAACAUCUGGACACUCCCUAAUCAGCCAAGACGGGCACGGAUCAAGGAGGCAGGUGGUUAGACUUAAUUAAGUUAGACUUAAUUCUUACUGGGCUUGCAUAGGAUCCGGUCGUGCCGAAGUACUUUUAAGGGCAGAAUUCUGCUUGGAUCCAAAGGUGUCUAGUUUGAGCAGAAAGACACUUCUGCUUGCUGAAGAGGACAUGUGAUUUUUGGCAAUUCCCUUCAUCUACAGAUGACAUCCUACAUUCCACUCCAUUUCUGAGGGUCCUCCUGUCUUUAGGCUUGGCCAUCUGCAGUUCUUAGGAUGUAGGCUAUUAUAUAUGCAUUUAUUUUUAGCAGAAGGCAUUUGCAGGGCUGACUGAUUAGUUAGAUAAGCAAGUAUUUGUUUUGUCAAAGGAAUGGUGGCUCCCCAGAGGUUUGUGGAAAGCAGUGACCUCACUGGCAUAUCUGUUGACAGAGCCUUUACUUGUGCUACAGAGAAAAGUCUACCAACGGCUUCUAUUCUGUUGUUCAUUAAAUCUAGCCACUUUUAAUUCCAGUUGAUAUUUUGGCUUAACAUGCACUAUAUUUUGGGGAAGAAGUUUGCUUUAUGUCAUAAGUAUGUGGCUUUAAUUAAAAUCUGGACGGUUUUAUUUUGGCAAUUUUUAAAAAGACAUCUAGUUUCUUAUUAUGUGUAGCCAAAUGUAACUUUUUGAUCAUUCAUAUUUGCCAAAUAUUAACUCAGUUGCUUUAGGCUCAGUUAAGUAAGUGAUGUCAUAGCAGCAAGUGAGCAGGGUGGAAAAUAAGAAGCUGGACUUUGUAGAAACUUUCAUUCCAGUGGUGAAUAAUGCUAUCCUUUGUCUCUUCUUCCUGUUUCCAUUCCUGAUAAUCUAACAGAUAAAAAUAAGUUGAUUUUCUCAUGCUAUAUAAUAUAUUGAAAAGAUUUAAAUUAAAUUGGUGGUUUGUAUGCAGCAUGCAGUACAGAUGAUAUUAAAUGCAGGAAUGCUCAUAGAAGUUGAAAGCCCAUUGUUAAAAGUAAACCUUUAUCUAGUGCAGAGGUUUUCAAUCAUUUUGGGUCCAUGGCUCCCUUGACCAACUACAUUCUUUCUGCUGCACCCCUGUGGGGCUCAGGAGCCCAGUUAGGUCACCCCUUGCCUGCAGAGCCGGCUGCCCCAUACCCCUUUUCAAACACCCUCCCUUGUGGAUUGUACCCUCAGCCUCCUUCUCUCCUUGGGAGUCCUCCAAGCAGCUGCUGCCCCUGGUCUCUGACCUGCCCUCCUGCCCCAAAGAGGGAUGCCUCCUCACACUGAAGUGCCCCCUGGCCAGCCCCAGAGGCACCAUUCGCACACAAACAGCUGUGCAAGCCUUUGGGAGGCUGAGAUGUGAUAGGGCAUCAGAGGAGGGAGGGAAGGAAAGAGGGACAGAGGCCAGUAUUGUCUGUAGCACCCCUGAGCAUCAUUCAAGGCACCCCGGGGUGCCACGGCACACUGGUUGAAAACCAUUGGUAUAGCGUAUUAAACAGUAUUCUAUAGUUAAAUGACCAGCAGUUUAUCAAUAUGUUAUUUUUAUUAGGAAUUUUUGUUACUCUUCCAGAUAAUCUAACAUGCCUACAUUCAGCUUUAAUUGUCAGAGAAUUGCUACAUUAAAGAUAUUACAUGUGGGGAUUUUAGCUGUUUAACAUACAGUGUAUCAAUUGUAGCAUGAUUAAUCCUGCAUUCAUGUAUAUCAUUAUGGGUACACGUGCUAUAGGGAGCCUUUGUUACAGAAAAGUUUCCCUACUAAGGUGUUUUCAGUUAAGAAAUGUCAUAACAUUUCUGUUUCUCCUCUGGAAAACAGUGAAAAGGAACAGUUCCUGAAUUUAUAUUCUGUCUGUCUAAUUCUGCUUUUCGGUAUGCAAAGCCCAUGAAGAGCCUAGGUGUAGAUAGAAGUGUCUAUUGGUUAUCUAUUGAUGGGUAUGAUAGAGUCCCCACCCCCUUCUUCAGAUAUGUUAAAUUUUUCUACGUAAGAAUCACAACUAGAGAAGGACUAUCAGGUAGGGUAUUAUUAUCUGAGGAUGGAAACAUGGUUCACAUUCCCUAUCUUUCUAAAGGUCUUAUUGAUAGCUAUAUUUGGAGUUUCCCCAUAGGCCAAAUUUACCUUUGUAAAUUUUCCCUUUUACAGGAAUACAUAGCACAACAUUUGUUUGAGCCCAGCUGCCUAUGUUUUAUUAAGCAUAUUAUUCAGCUCAGCAGUCACUACUACAAUCUACUGUUGAUGACAUCCUAUAAUCUGAUACAGUUUAAUCUGUAAGCGACAUUUAGCAUGGAGGGGGCCCUAGUAGAUUGGUCUAGAUGGUCUCCCUUUCUUUUUCAGCUUUACAUGUCAAUGAUUCCAUUAUUAUUUGCUUCUGUUAGGAUUCUUUGGCUUAUGCAAAUAGAAAGCUGGAAACAAUUCCAGGUGAAAAGGUUUUAAGAGACACGAAAGAAGAACGAGAUCAGCGUAACCGGCUUAAGGAGAUUGACCAGCAGCUGAAAAACCUGGAAGGGACUGUAAGUCUUCUAAAGUUUCCUAGUUUGCUAAAGUCAGUAGAUACCAAGAAUAAGAAGAGAAUGACAAAAGGUUUCGUUUUGUGCUCUUGGUAAUAUUAUUCUGUGUUACAAAAUAGAUAAAUUACAGUGAUGCUUCUCAAUUGCAAUAUCUGUAUGAAGAUCAAGUGCUUUCUCACUGCUUAUAUAAACUGGUGGGAUUUUACAUAACUUGUGUUAUGUUAAUAUAAAACAAGUGCAGGUUGAAUUAUAUUAAACCAUGAAGUCUAAUGCUAAAAGACAGCUUUCCAAAUAAGCAGAGAAAUCACUCCCUCUAUUUCCCUUGUUCACGGUGUGCUGAUGCUGACGUAGCCAAAAUGGCACCACCAACCACAAGAGGCAGGCUCAGGUGAGCCCCAAAGUUUGCAGAGGUACAAAUAAAAACAAAAUAUGGGCAAAUAAAAGGAAAAAUAAAGAGGCAAAAAAAAAAAAGCCCCCUCAAAACUGGAAACCAGACUGCGCAUGUUUGUGCUUGAUCACUUUCCACCUUUCUUGGAGGGCACAUGGGGGGGGGGGGAGUAACAGCACGUGCAGCAUCUAUUCUAAAUGCUGCUUUGACUUCAUCUGUGUCCCCACCUGCUGUCAAAAAAUUAACCAAACUGCUUCCUCUUGGCUGCUUCACCAAUUGCAAACAUGUGAGUUUUCAGUAAUGCAGUAGCUGCCAUAACAAUUGUGCAAGGAAGGGGCUGUGAGGGAGAAAGCAGGCCAGAGGACCACCAAUUUGCCUCUUAUAAUGCCCCCAUGCCCCCAUCACUUAUUGACCCUUUAAAAGGAGAGGAACAGGAAUGUUUUUGUUACUACUCCCUUAGGGAAGAUGUUUUAUGGAGCUUAGAGCUGUAGUAGCCUUAGGUUUGUGCGUUUGCACAUUAGGCAGACUGAAGAUGUUCAUUCUGCCAAUGGUUCCGCUCCCUGUAUAAAAAUAACUGCAACUAAACCAACCAAUCCCGCAUAGUGUAAACCUGCACAGCAAUAAAAGAGGUUUACAAUGCAAUUCUGUACAUGUCUACUUAGAAGUAAGCCCCACUGAAUUCAAAGGGACUUAGUCCCAGGUAAGAAUGAAUAUGAUUGCAGACUUAGCCUUCAAGGGCUCCCUCACUCCUCCAGUGUGUAAGAAGCCGGUUGGUAGAAACACCUCGUCCUGCCCCAAAGAAACAUUAUGUAACAUGGUAUCACUAGUAUGCUUUAAAUGCUUUAAUAUCCUUUUCUUCUCAGCAGAAAGCAGUGAACUGAAACAUUGCCUCCCUAGUUUAACAGUGGUGUAGUAUUGCACCUGCAUUGUGUGCUUCAUUUAAACAUUUCUUGAAGCACUAAAAGAGAUGAGGCUAAUCAAACCUUCCCCUACACAUAUGUGCAAAUUUGGUUUCUUUACUACUCCAAUAGUCAGUUUUAAUUUAGUACAAAUAAUUUCUGACAAAUUGCCUUUUCAUAUUCCUCGUAAGUACAUGUUAUGAUCCAUAUGAACCUGGUUCCUCUUCUGAUGCAGUAUUUCCCUCCCACAACCCAUGCUUUUGCCUAGAACAAUUCCUGUGAAGGAACAGAUGCAGAAAAUAUGUUGGAGCUGAAAAUCCAUGUGGAUAUUAUGCCAAAAAAUAUAUGAUUCAACACACAGAGUUCUCAAGAAGAGCUAAUCCGGAAAUGUUGUAAAUAUGAUGGAAACAUAUUUCAAAUGCUUUCUUGUUAGUAGUUCCACCAUGUAUCUGAUGAAAUAGGCUUCAAUCUAUGAAAGCAUAGGUUUUAAUAAAAAUUAGACUUGCAACAUGCUACAAGACUUUUCACUUGCAGGCCCCAAGACUAAGAUGCCUCUUCACUUAAAUGACUGUCCUUUGUCAAUGGAAUGAUGGUGUUAAAAUAACGUACGUCAGUUUUAUAGCUUCAGUUUAAUAAGUUAGUUGGUAAGCUGCUAAAGAAAAUAAACUCAGUCUACAACAUCCCUUUCUGCCAUUGACCUUUGCCUUUUGGUCACUGACCCUUGCUAUUUAUGGGAAUACAAGUCUGGACGGGGAUCUGCAGUUUGGUGGCUGGGUCUACAAUAAGCAAUGACUUUGGAAUGCACUGGGCUACUGGUUCAUUAAAAUACAAUGAAUGUUAACAGGUCAGUUCCGAGGUCUGAUUAGUACAAAACAGUUCCUUGGAAUCUGCUAUGGUAUAUACCCCCUCUUGUGCAUACCAGACAUUUUUUCUCUUAAGAGGAUGCCCACAAGACCUUACAGGGGCAGAAACUAUUCUUCACUUAUUAAAUGGUAAAUGAAUAAGCCACCUGUACUAAUGCAUAACCCAUUGUCAGCUUGGCAUUUAUUUGUAUUGUGAGAAAAGGGGAUAAAUUGCAGGAUCAACCAGAUGGAAAGUCAGUCGCAACCUGUAGGGCUCUAAUGCAUAUCCACCAACAUUGCACAGAUGAAAAUGCUUGUAAAAGCCAUUUCUCAUUUGGCCUGGUUUUCACCUUCUCAUCAGCUCUGUACAUGUUACUGAAGGUUUGAUUCAUUUUCCCGUAUGCUGUAUUAAUUUAUUAUUAGCUUUAAUGCUCUUUUAUACAGCUAAUAUGGUGUUUGAUCUUUAUAUUAAAUAAGUGCUACAAAAACAUAAUUGUUCUAAAACUUAUUAUCAACAGUUCAGAAUGACCUGCUGGAUGCACAAAAAUGUGUGCUAAUACGAUUAAGUACAUCCCAUCUUACUAUAAUAAUGCAACCUAUUUAAUAGUACUCAAACAGAGCACCUUUGGGGUUGACUCCCCCCCCCCCCCUUUAUAUUGGAUCUGGCUUUAUUUUUCUUGCUUUGCCCCCAAAAUUAGUCUUCCUAGUGUGCCAAAACAUUAAGGCUGUUCAUUACAAAACUUAAAUGUUCACAUACCUUAAUGUUCAUGCACCUAGAGUUACAUAGAUAGAAACAAGAUGCAUCCACUAUCUACUCCGAUAUGUAACUUCUAGAGAUAAUGGCGAAGGGGUUUAACCCUGAAGAUUGGCAGCCCUAGCAAUUCACGCUAACAGCAUUUUAAUAAAGCAAAAUAGGAAUAGUGAUUUAGCAAGGAAAGUUACUGGAAAAUAAUGGCUCUCUCUGAUAAACAGAUACAGAAUACAUGGAAGUGGAGGAUACGGUGGCAGAAUCCAUUUGUUAGAUCUGGGGUGGACAAGCAAUUUGGUCCAGAGGGACACAUGCGGCAAUAGAUGGUGGGUCAGGGGCUUAAAAUAUAAUUGGCUUCUAAGGGCUUGUUGGUGAACAUGGUUGAAAAGGAAUUUCCUUACAAAAAAUGUCUAAAAAAUUUAAAUACCGAAAAUACUCUGGAAAUUGUUGCAAAUAUUUUAAUUGGGUCACUCAGGUCAGCUGAACUGAAAUGGCUGAACUGACCUUGCCUUGCAGGGUUAGGUCCAUGGGGCUGUGCCUGCAAGAUUAAGUUCACCAACUGAAACCAGCCCUACACUAUUUAUUUUAAGAAAUGUUAUUAAUGGCUUCAUCAAAAAACCUAAGUGGUAUACCCAAACAUAAAAUAAUUAUCAAUAAAAAACAGAAGAAACCAACAGAGUUUUAAAAACAAGUAUAUAUGACUGAAUUAUGUAUCUGGGUAGGCUUCCUAAAAUAAAGUUUUUUUGCAGGUGCCUAAAAUUGCAUAAUAAAGGUGCCUGCUUAAUGUUAAAGACAGGGAGUUCCAAAGCAGAGCUGCUGCCAAAGAUCGAUUCUUCACAGAUGUGAAGCAAACAUUAUAUGGCAGAUUGAAGGCGGCAAAUUGGCACAUAUGAUGCAAGGCGAUCCUUCAAGUAAACUUGUGCAAAGCUGUUAAGGGUUUAUAUAUUACUAUAAUAACACACUGAACUUGGCCCGGUAACAAAUAGGCAGCCUGUGCUGAUAUUUAAUCGGACAUAUAGUAUGCUGACAGGAGCUCACUCCUGUCAGUAAUCAUGCUACCACAUUCUACUACACAACUGGAGCUACUAAGAUUCUAACAGUGAAAUCAUAUCAAGAAGAAAGUUACACUAUAUUAACUAUAUUUUCGUGUGUUUAUUUGUAUUUUUAUUCUGUUAACUGCCCUGAGAUCUACAGAUGAAGGGCAGUGUACAAAUUGAAAAAAACGAAAUAAAUAUUCAGUGGGGGUUAUUCCCGAGUAAGUGUAAGGAAGGAACACCAAGCCCAUGAGAUGACUUGCCUAAGGGUGUCAGAGCCUCCAUAGACUCCUUAAGUCCAAACCAUGCCUCAGGCUAUUCAGAAAGCAAGAAAUACUCAAGUAAAUUCAGAACAGACAACUCAAAGGAAGUCUAACCACGGUCAUACACAUAUGUGGGACAUGCUAUGCAGUGCAUACUGGUGCACAUGCAGGUAACAGCCACAACUGACAAUAGGUGUGUGGCAGCAAACACACAGUAAGCAGCAAACGCUCCCUUUCCCUGUCCUGGUGUAACUUACCCAUGCUAACCACACCUCUGCUGUGCUGCAGCCAACUUUAAGCACCAAGCAGCCGCAGCAGCAGCAGCUCUGCACAGCGUCAACUUCCUCAGCUGCCCAGAGCUUGAAAGCAACCCCAUUGUGGCUCGCUAGUCUGCUAAUUGUGAGUUGAUGACCCGAACCCACAUGGGACAAGGACACAAGUAUAUUAGGUUAAUGGGCUGAAAAGGCCACAACUUUAUUGGUUACAGCAUGUGAGAAGUAUUGGCUUAGGCAUUGGAUAAAACAACCUAUACAUGACCCCACCAGCGCAGCGGGGGGUCCUUGAAGGUUAACAAACAGUGGGAGGAGCUUGUUGAUGCAAAUACAACUGGAAGCUUCCCCUGAUGUCACCGGGGGUUGUGCCUUGGCCCUAGCCACCGGCAGGGCAUCGGACAGGAUCCACGACCGCCGGAUUCCUUUAACGGAAUACCCUACAAGGGACGAGGCAGGUGAUGGCCAAACCCUGCCCACCAACACACGACACAUAUUCCAAUGCCUAACCGCCAAUCCCGGGAAAGUUGUGACGAAUUGCUACGAGGCAGGCGAAAAACCAAGAGGCUGGUAGCAAGUUCACACCCAGGCCAGGCUGAGAUGCCUCUCUUGCUGUCUGCCACUCGCAGCAGUUUCAGGCCUGAGCCAAGCUCCAAAGCCCUGCUCUCACUGCACUGCUAAGCCAUCUGCAACUGCCUCAGGCCCUGAGUGUAGUCUGAAAGCUGUGCUGCCAUUGCUACCAACUCAGUUUGGGGACGGUGGGAAGGAAAAAGAGAGGGGGAGAAGGCACAGCUGGGCCUACUUAAAUUAUAACUCUUGUGAAGCUGAUUCUUCCUUGCCAAACAUGCCGUGCCUCACAGCCGAGGCAGUUUCCCACCACCCGGUUGACAGUCACUGAGCAUUCCAGACAUCAUUGUGGGUUUUACAUGGUGCUUUUAUUUGGAGAGUUAACAGCCUCCCUGUAAAUUUGUUGUUUUGUGGUAGUUAGAAGGCUAUCUGUCCGUUAGUGAAGCUCUUCAUUAUGUCAUUGGGAAUAAUAACAACGAUUAUACCAUUCUUCAACUGUAAUUUUGCUCCUUUCUAGCUAGCCUAAUAGACUAUGCAAUGUAUCUCUUUUGCCUCAUACGUUAUUGGCUUAUGCAGGCUAAUAGCAUAAUGCCUGAAUUGUGGUCAUUGUUCCACAGCCAACCUAGCAGUUCAAAAGCAAGUAGAUAAAUAGGUACCGCUGUGACGGGAAGGUAAACAGUGUUUUUGUGUGCUCUGGCACUCGUCACGGUAGCAUGCGCCAGUAGCAGUUUAGUCAUGCUGGCCACAUAACCCGGAAAGCUGUCUGUGGACAAAUACCGGCUCCCUCGGUCUGAAGCGAAAUUAGGGCUACACCCCAUAGUCGCCUUUGACUGGACAUAACUGUCCAGGGCUCCUUUACCUUUACCUUUUACCUGUUCCACAUCAGCAGGUAUGCACAGACCUUUUCUUCUUGGUUGAUUCUUGGCAGUAGCAGUUCUGUAGCAUCGGCCAUAAGACCACAACAUGUUUUGUACCUUUAAUUUCUAAAUUUAAUAUUUGGUAUUUCUGCAUUCCAGGACCUAACCCUUUCUCACAACUAUUUUCUUAACUUUAAAUACAAAUCUAAUCAUUUUUUUGGUGACUUAGUGAAGACACUGUAGAGUUUCUUAUGAUGGACAUGAAUAUGCCAGAGCUGGGAGGAUGAGUUGUGUGAGUCAUCCCAUGUGUUUUUAGUAAGAAAGCUGUGAUAAACAAGAAUUGCUUAUGUAAGUCUGUACUGUGUUUUCUUUUUAUGUAGAACCCAGAACCAUGUGAGAAUAAAAUUGGUGGCACAUUGCUCCUGGAAGUAAUUAUUAGGAUGAAAACCAAACAUUCCACACAUACCUUUUUGCCACAAACAACAUUCAUCAGGGGAAAAGAAAAGUUAACUUCUGAGCAAUUAUUUUAUUCAGAUGCUUUGAAGCUACUUACAGUCAUCAUAUUCUACAUGUUGACCCACUUCAGACAAAUGAAAAUUAAAACAUGAUUUGUUUAGUACAUUGACUAGGCACAAGUUCACACUUCCACCCUAACUUUUGUAUAUGAAGAUACAAUAUUUAAAGGCUUCAUUCUUGGUUUGGAAUAAACAGCAAUUUGUGUGAACUUGGCAAGUAAUAUAUUUAGUUAUCCAUUAUUUAACACCCAAUAUAUCAACCCAGGAAAUAUCCUGACUUAGUGAGCAAACCACUGUUUGUCAACUUCAGGUGCAACCAAUUGUGGUUUGUUCCUAAACAGGAAUUGAAGCUUUAAAUCUUUUCCUCUCGAAUAAAGUGGAGGGGAGAGCUAUAAUUUGUUGUUGUUUAACUGGGCCGUUGACUUUUUUUCUUUCAGUAUCAUUGAUGAAGAUAUGCAAUAGAUGUUCAGCAAGUAACAUCCCCCCCCCCCCCAAAAUGAAAUUGGUCUUGAAAGGAAAUCAUUCAGUGUCCAUGUUAGUCUGUCUUUGGCUUUUUAACAGGCAGAAACAAUCUCCACAUAGAGGAAGUUGAGGCACUGGCCCCUCUUUUCUACUAUGCACCUUAAGUCAUGUUGUACAAGGAAGAUGCUGUUAUUUUUCCUCUACCUCCUCCUCCACAAGGCACGGGGCAGGGAAGAAUGCAAAUCAGAUUUUUAUUCAGUGGAGGGAUGCAUACUCUGUAAAUGUCUGAACAGAGCCUUUAGGCUGCAGUGCAUAAAAAUAGGUUCUUUCAAACUGGUAGGUCAGUUAAAUUGGAUUGAUUUCUAGAACUCUUACACACUUCCCCUUUAUUAAUUGGGUUCUGAGCCUGAAACUGGUGCGUCCUAAGCAGGCUCCCAAAAGAAUUUUAGAACAGCCUCAAUUUAUCAUGCAAAGCUGAGACAAUUAUAUUCCAUGGGAUUCCAGGCAUUAAUUUCAAAUAUGUUUUAUUUAUCUCCCACAUGUUUUAUGUAUCUCCCACAUUAGGUCUAACUUGAGCUAUUCUUUCAACAUUGUAAAAUUCACAAAUUUUGACCCUGCGGUCAGUAAAUAUGGUAGACCAAGGCUUCAGAUCAUCUCCAGCACUUAUAAGCUCUGGUUUCUCUUAUUAUUAUUAUUAUUAUUAUUAUUAUUAUUAUUAUUAUUAAUUAGUUGCUUUACUCAUGGAAGGGACGCGGAUGGCACUGUGGGUUAAACCACAGAGCCUAGGGCUUGACGAUCAGAAGGUCAGCGGGUCGAAUCCCUGCGACGGGGUGAGCUCCUGUUGCUUGGUCCCUGCUCCUGCCAACCUAGCAGUUCGAAAGCACAUCAAAGUGCAAGUAGAUAAAUUGGUACCGCUCCAGUGGGAAGGUAAACAGUGUUUCUGUGCACUGCUUUGGUUUGCCAGAAGCGGCUUAGGCAUGCUGGCCACGUGACCCGGAAGCUGUACACCGGAUCCCUCGGCCAAUAAAGCGAGAUGAGCACCACAAUCCCAGAGUUGUCCACGACUGGACCUAAUGGUCAGGGGGACCUUACUCACUGAAAUAACUCAAAGCAACUUACAGACACAAUCAGUAAUCCCUUAUUCAGAUCUUUUUGGCUGUGCCAAGACUCCUGGAGUUCUCCGUACUGAUUCACAUAUAGCAAUGCAGUAUAUUAGGCUGUUAAUGAUAACUACCUACAUAUUUAUAACUCAGGUUUACUUAUGCAAGCUCUCAGCCUUAGGGAUGGGCGAGCAGCCGGCUUCUUAUCCUGAAAAUUAACUGGACCUUGUGCAUGGUCCAAUCAAACACUGAAACCCUUUGAGGAUGCUCAGUUCCUCUCACUUUCCACUAGCCCAUUUCAUUUUAUUACUCUAGUCUGAUAAUAUUUAUUGUGAUGUUUUCGCACAGUACUCAUUUGAAACUCUGUUUGGAUGGAGUUUUUAAAUGCAUGUGUAAAUGAGCAUCCUGGUUCACUUCAGCAGAGUGAAAACUCAAUGCACAACAAAGAAGCUCACCUUCAUUUAAGUGAAUGAGAAAGGCCUCGCUGUCAGCAGUUAAUUCCAUCUCAGGGCUUCUGCAAGAAUUAUUAGAUUGGGGGUGCUUUAAAAGCUACUCUAAAAAUACAUAAAUUAAUGCAUUUGAGUAGUGACUUGCCACAGGUGCACAGAGGAUAAAGUCACUGAGCAGGUUCUUUUUGUUAACCCAUAAAUAUUCACCAUGUCCCAUUCAUCAACUAGAUCGAAUGCAAAUACAAAUCAAUUGUUUCUAGCGAUUUUUCUACUGCUUUUGUGGUGUGUGUACUCCAGUAUUCUGAUGGUCAGAUGGAGCUACCAGACCAUAAAAUCCAGCCAGCGAGAGAGUUGGAACUAAGGGGAGCUCAAGGAUUUAUUAAGUGAUGUGAAACUCUUGUUGUUUUGUGCAUGUGUUACAUAAUUGCUGUAUGUGCAAGGCUGUUAAAAUACCCUGCUAGUAAUAACAUGCACACCAUUUUAUAGCUGCAAGAGGAGAUAAAAGAAGUUUCUUAGUCAGCACUUCAACAAUAUCACAGCACAUGUCAGUUUUAUUAUUGUGGGGCCUUCAGUUUUGGCAGAUGCACACUAUUCUGGGUGUAGUGUUGUAAUUACCAUAUAAAUUAAGCAGUUAAAUGAGGCUGGUAAAGCCUUAUCCCUUCUGCCACUAACCAGAUUGCCAAUACGGUGCUGUGAAACAGGCAUAAUUCAAGCUAAUUAUGUUUAGAAGGCCAGAAUUUGAAAUGCUGGACCUUUCUUUCCAUUCAAACUGGUCAAAAGUAAAUUGAAGCUGUUUAGCUGCAGUGCAAACAGAAGGAUCAUUAUUUCUGCACAACACACUGUCCAUAAUAGCAUUCCAAGAAUGGGUCUAAUCCGCCCAGGUUUAAUUCAUAGCUGCUAAUUAUAUUUCAGCAUACAUUCUUAUGCUUUAAACUAUGUGUGUCUUUACUUUAGUGAAUUGUAACUAGUUCUUAAACUGGGUAGGGGAGGGGGGACUUUCUUCUUUUUAUUCUUAACAGGCUUUGUAAUAUUUGAUGGGAUUAAGCUUUUUGUUGUAGUUCAAGACACAAUUGAUACUUAUUUUUGUCUUCACCAGCAGAGUUUGAUUAGAGCAUUCUGAGCAAAACCAGAGUCAAAUCAAACACAUUUUGGAUUUUAGGUUUCCAGGCUAUACUAUCUUGUGUAAAGGAAAAUAAAUGAACUGUAUUGUAUUUCAAACCAUAAAACGUUAGAAAUUUACAGCAAAAAAGUUGUAUGUUCCACUUUAGUGCCUAGGAUCAACACGACACCUUUCACUAAAAAGCUCUUGAAUUAUUUUACAAAGGUAAUUACUUUUCAAUGAUAAGAGGGUAAAGUUCAUCUAAAAGAAGGUUCUAGUGCCAUAACUGCCAGUUUAUGCACUCUGGGCAAACCCCAAGUUUAAUGCUAAAAAAAUUGUUUCCCAGUUGGUCUAUUAUUCAUUUCUGAUACGCAAUAUGUAACUUCUGUGCCUUCAUUCAUAUUUCCAGAAUUAAACUUAGGGGAUUUCUUUAGCAUCUCAGCCCAUUUAUCUGAAGUCUGAUUACAUCUGAUCACUUGUACAGCCAAAAUUUGAACAUGGGGGAAGGAAAGAGAGGUUUUUUUUCUUCCAUGUUGUGGGUAGAAUUCUUAAGUCCCUAUUGCAGGGAUAGACUGCAUGGUGCCCACCAGGUACUGGUCCAUUGCAAGUCACAUCAAGGACUGCCUCUCCCAAAAUGAAGCAAAUGUGUUCAUCUGAUACCCUAGUCUGUGUGACCCCUCUGAGAGAGGGAUGGAGGGUGGCAAUGUGAGAAUGGGUCUUCUCAGCUGUGGCGAUCUGUUUGUGGAAUGCUCUCCCCUGGGAGUCAUGUCUGGCACCAUCACAAUCUGUUUUUAGGCUUCCUGCAAAACAUAUGUAUUUGCCCUGGCCUUUGGAGCUUAUUCUCCCCCCCCAAUCUUUCAGUGAAGGGGGGUUCAGUUGGAUCUGUUCUUUUAUACAUAUUAUUGGUGUGUAUUUUGUUUGGUUUUUAAUGUUUGUUUUAGUAAGCAACUAAUAAGUGUAAUUAACCAUCAUCAUCAUCAUGCCUGACCAUUGGGCAUGUUGGCUGGGGUUGAUGGGAGCCGUAGUUCAACCAUUUCCAAAGGGCACAGUGUUGGCUCUGUUGCAAUCAUUAGAAUCAUUUUGGAACAGCAGACUCAAGGCUUGAACUGCAGCGUGACUUUCCAAUGUUGAGAAUGAGUGUGAACUUUUAAUGAGUAUUAAUAGUGCAUGAGGAAGCGGUUGUCAGGCAUUUAAAUAUUUCUAUUGAAGUUUGAUAUACAAGUAAACAAAACAAAAAAUCUUAAUCUCACAGUUACGGUGCUCAUUAUACCAUACAACUUGAAACUUGGCAUUUAGCCAGGCACAGAAUGUUUUUCUGAAACCAGGGCUGUACUUUCAUGCUUGACCUCUCAUCAGAACAUUAGUCUUAUGGGGGUGGGGAAUGUCAAUUGUUAGCAAUGGUCACAGUGAAAAAGUAUUUCAUAGCAGGGAUAAUCACACAUUGCCAUCUUUUCAUCUUUCACCCUUGAAAGUGCAUUGAAAGUAUUUCUACAGAGAUGAUUAUCCUUCGGGCCAUACUGGAUGUGACAAUGAGGCAUAUCUGCCCCAAUGACAAAGAUUCUGGAAAUUGUAGAAAGAGGUGGAUGGAGUCCAGCCUUCAGGGAUUUGUGGUUGGAUGGUAAUGAGAAGCUGCCACUUGGUGUAAGACCAAACAAGGCUUGGGUUUUAGCACAUCAUUACAGAAAACAGUUGCCAUGUACUGAGAUGGGCAUAUGAAUAGACUCUUUAUCAUGAUGGUACUUGAGUGGGUGGUAUUUUAAGGGCAGCGCUCCACUGCUAUUCCCCCCUAUUUUCGUUAUUGUUUUCAGAUGAGAUUUCAGUAUUAUUUUCAGAUGAGAUUUUGCCUUCUUUUGAAGGGCAUCCUGUUUCCUUGUUGCUGCCCCUUCUUUUUCUGCUUUUCUGUUUCAUCAAACAGUUGCCUCCCAUAUACAAAACACUAGUGUACCCUACUUAUGCAUGCUAUUGAUGAUAUGAAAUCCCUUUUGUGCCUUUUAAAAAAUGCCAUGUUACAUAAGAAUGAUCAUAGCCUAUGGCUUUUGUUUAGUGUACAUAUUAUAAUCCAACCUCCAGUGUGUGCAGCUCAAUUGAGGUCUUUUCUCUCCUUCCCAUCUUCCCUGCCAGACAACAUAUAUGCCAUGCUGUACUAUUAACUACUAUGGGAGGCUUUUAGUAAGACAGACUUCGCUCAUGGGAAGAGCAUACCCCGUGUUUUUAUUGAAGUUUUGAAUGCAUUUAUUUCAUUUCAGUUUUGAAUGCUGGUGUGGCGUAAUGGUUAGAGUGUGGGACUUGGACCUGGGAGAGCAGGGUUUGAAUCCACACUCAGCCACGAAGCUCACUGGGUGACCUUGGGCCAAUCACCAUCUCUUAACCUAACCUACCCUACAGGGUUGUGAGGAUGAAAUGUGGAGGAGCAGAACUAUGUACACUUUGAAAUCCUUGGAAGAGAAAGGUGGUAUAUAAAUAUAAUAAAUUAAAAUAAUAUUUUAAGACUCAACAUCAAUGCUCAUGUUUACUGGGAGAGUUGUGCUUUUCAGUUGUGUUCUUGAGUAUUUCAGUGUUGUUUGCCACAAAAUGGUCUUGGCCUAUUUCAGGUUAAACCCAGACAGUCCUGUGUGUACUUACUUGGGAGUAAAUUCACUGAACUCAUGAGGACUUCUAUGAGUAGAAAUAUAUUGCACUCAAAUUAGUUGCAUUUAGUUCACAUUUAGUAAUGACUUUUAACUUCAAGUAACAUCUGGAUCCAAUCUUAUCGCUCUGUAAUAUAUAUCAUAUGCACAUGUACACACUCAUAGUGAGGGGGUAGAUGCACAUAUCCUGUUACCUCUGCAUAGUUAUUCCUCCAACUGAAAUCAAUAUGGAAGCCCUUGUAAACUGUUCCAAAAGGUAGUGAAAUAAUUUGACCAGGUUUUCUGAUAAUGGUUUCUGAGCUAUUCUUGCUUUGUAAUUUUUGAGCACCCGUAUUAACAAGAAGAACCUAUAGUGUUAAAACUAAAUAUGCAGUUUUGUUUUUGAUUUUUAAUUUACCAUAAUCUUAUUAUUUUCACUAAUCGUAUAACUUCUGGAACAGAAUGUACACAAAACAUUCUCUAUCCUCACACAUUUCAUUGUGUCCCUUCCAACUGGUGCGGUUUUAGUAAAGACGCCCUCAAGCUAUAAUUUGCUAGUUGACUAUCUAUUAUAGAACAUACCUACCAUUCUAUACUAAAUUGUUCUUUUAAAUAAACAUUGCUGAGGAAAAACUUUGAAAACAAAAUGAGUAUAAGAAAAUUCUGCGCACCAAUAGGAUCAACCUGUUGAAUGACCCAUUGGGCCAUGUCCUUUCUGCGGACAAUUUCUCUAGGGAACAUUGCCCCUCUCUUUCCUUGUCAGCUGUUGGCAUUGAGCUAUGUGACCCAGUUUCAGAGGUCUUUGGGGUGUUCUGUGGUGGGGAAAUGUAUCUCUGUGAUCUUUUAUUAGUUCAGCUUGUUUUUAUAUGAUGAGUAGAAUUUCUCUAUUACUUUGACUACACUUUCUAUGCUGCCUUGGAGAAAGGGUUAUGCACAACUAUUCAUUCAAGAGCAGAAACAGCCUUUAGACAAUCCUUCAGUGAAAAUGAAGAAGAAACAAAGAGUGUAGACUGCAAAACUCUCUCUUCUCCCCCACUCCUUUUUUUUUUUUUUGGUAGCUAGUUGAAAUUGUUGAAUUCAAAAAGUUAAUUAUUGUAACAGGGUAAAUUAGCUAGAAAUUGCCUACAGGAGCCACCACAUUUUAAAAGACAGUGCGAUUAAACAUUAACACAAACUUAAUAAAUGGAUACCCCCUGCGAGGAGUUAAUCUAGGCUACAAAUGCUGCAACCUGUAAUAUAAGCAUUUCCAGUGAAAACUUAUGCAACUGGGAUGACAGUUGAUGAAUUAUUUUUGCCUCAAUAGUUGUGCAAUCUUUACCUGUAGUUUUGCUUAUUUCAAUGAAUACAGCUUGCAAAUCAUUAAACCUAGAUUGUUUUCAACACCUGCACUGAAAGUAUUGCUUUAUAGCAGAAAAGUGGGGGUGGGGGGAAGGAAUGUGUAUGGGAGCGAAAUAGAAUGAACCAAAGCAUGGUAGAAUGAUAAGAGGGGUUUGGAAGAGUGACAGCUUUUUUUCAGGGCAGGAGUCACAAUCCAAGUUCUGCAGAAAAAUCACCAUGGGCUGUUUGAGGCUAUUUAUAUAUAAUGUCCAUUGGUUCAGGCAUCCAGCUAAAAAGAAGAGGGUGACUGAUAGUUGCCCUUCAGGGGAUCUCACUUUCAGUGCCGAUCAACUGACUGGUGCUGAGAGUGAGUCCCUUUGAAGUUGCCUGUUCAACUGACAGCUGGGUGGCCCUGCGUACCUGUCCGAGUUGGCCCAUGGGGGGUUGGGGACAUAAAGAUCCUGGACCCCAUUUCACAACCCUGAACUAAGAGGUACAUGACUAGGAAGUGUCUGAAAGAGAAACAAUAGCUUCAGUAGGAAGGUGGUUUUCAAGACAGCUGUCUGCCCAACCAAGUUUAUUUUCCCCAUCUCUUUAUAACUGGCUUCGUUACAAGUCUAGUCCAAUUUUCUAACAUAGGCAUAUGGGUUAUCUGAGGUCUUCGGGGGCAGGGAAGAGAAAGGGGUAAUUGUUAUAUGGCCUAACUUCCUUCCACUCCAGUUUGCCAAUUUAAAGAUAGUGUGCAAUGCCUUCUAAGGUUUGAUGCGUUUGUGCCUGAGUUUUGAGCCAAAAAGAGUCCACCUGCCUUCUUGCUGAUUGCAAGCAUCCCUUCUUCACCUAGUCACUUAUUCAACUGCAUGGUCUCAUAACGCUACCAGGUAAAAUGGUAAAGGUACCCCUGCCCGUACGGGCCAGUCGUGUCCGACUCUAGGGUUGCACGCCCAUCUCGCUUAAGAGGCCGGGGGCCAGCGCUGUCUGGAGACACUUCCGGGUCAUGUGGCCAGCGUGAUGAAGCUGCUCUGGCGAGCCUGCACCAGCGCAGCACACGGAAACGCCGUUUACCUUCCCGCUAUAAAGCGGUACCUAUUUAUCUACUUGCACUUUGAUGUGCUUUCGAACUGCUAGGUGGGCAGGAGCUGGGACUGAAAGACGGGAGCUCACCCCGCCGCGGGGAUUCGAACUGCCGACCAUGCGAUCGGCAAGUCCUAGGCGCUGAGGUUUUACCCACAGCGCAAACGCUACCAAGCAGGUUAUUAAAUGCAAGGCCGCUUUCGUUAUCAGUCAUAAAAAAGAAACAAGGUCCCUCCCCUCCCCCCCCGUUUGUUGGCGACUGACAGCUGUGAGAUAAUCUUUCAAAAUAUAAUGUUUUCAAUUUUGCAAAAGAAAUCAUUAAAGAGAGCGCAGAAAACAUCUUCAACAACUUCACGUGGCCGUUUCUAUUUUGUAAUCAUUUUUAUUUUGCAGUCAUUUUUUGCAGUUCUCCACUGAGAUUACAGCAGGAGACAGCUGUAUAUUCUUUUUAAAGGAAAACUCAUUAACAAAACUGUUUAUCCAAAAAGAAUCUGAGGAAGCCUUGUUUUCAACAGAGAAAAGGCAGUGUGAGCCAAUUCAAACUUUAUGUUAAUAUGUACUCAUUAAAUUGUGAUAUGUGAAUUAGAGGAACUGGCAUUUGGGAAUAUGUUAAUUAUACAGGUAAACUAAUCAGAGUGGCAGGACUGCUUACAGUUCCCUUUUGAAUGUUAGCAAGUAGAAAAAAGACUCCAAAAUACAAAUCACAUUUUCAGAUACAUUCACAAUGGAAGAGUUGGGCAAGGAAUGAACUUUCUUAAGUUGUAGUGCUGUAGAAUAGUAUGUUAGAAUGAAUGCUACAGUAAAAAUUCAGUUCAUAGAAUAUUCUAAUGGAGUUAGCGACCUUUGUUCUUCAUGUAUUCAGAAGCAUAAAAGUAGUUGUGGCCAUUUAAAAAUAAUAAUUACAAAACCACAUGGUGGUCAAGUGGGGGGGGGGUCAUAAAAAUAUUUAGGCAUUGCAGUAUUACAGUGAGGUACCUGUUUGUGUAUUGGACAAAAAAACCCCACACCCAUUUGCACGCCAUGACACCAUAGUGGACAAUUGAUAGGAGCAGUCAAUUUUUUUAAAAAAUAAUAAGAAUAAAUAUAACUACCUUGACAUAUGUUGAAUGGUAUUGCGCCCCCCCCCCCACAAAAAGGUAUUGUGGUGUCAUGGUUUAGCCAUCCCUACUAGUAGGCUAAGAAAUAUAUAAUUGGUUCUAGUAUAUGUUGAAGCAUAUUAUGAGAGUGAGACACAAAAACUUCUGGAGCAUAUCUGUGAUUAUGCAUCUAUAACUCAGUACAGCUUUCUCAAUUCUAACUUGUGAGACACUAGACAAAAUAUUGAACUGAUUAUGCUUGUCAGCUUUGGCAAGCAGUUUAAAUUUGCUUUAUUUACAUUGGCAGUAUAUUGGAAAGAAAACCCACUGAGUUCUUUGAAUACUAGUAUGGUAUAUGGCAACCUUAACUGAAGUUAAGCAGGUCAGGAUCUGGUGUCUGGAUGGUACCACCUGAAACAUCCCAUCAAAUAUGCUGCCUGGAGUUCCAUAGAAGAAAAGUGGGACAUCAAUGUAAUAAAUAAAUAGAAAAAUAUAGCAGUAAGAUCAAAAACUCUCAUUACGCUUUGAAAGAAAAUUUGUAUCAUAAUAGAUUUCCUUUCUGUAACACAGUAACAGUGCAGUCCUAUCCAAGUCUACUCAGAAGGAAGUUCCAUUGAGUUCCUUUCUCCAACAAACUUCAAAAUCUCAACAAAUUUUGAGGGAUAGAUUUCAGUAUAUUUAACAUUUUCACAGUAUUAUUAAAAACUUAUGUUUAUCCAUCCUAAUCAGAGAAAAGGCUAAGCUAUAUUUAUUUAUAUUUUUAAGUUUAAAUUUUGGUCUUUCUUUAAUGUAUCUAGAAUAACCAUUAUCUUCUUUCCCUUCAAGUGCCAAGCGGUUUAUUCUCUCUCUCUGUCUCUCCCUCUCUCUGUCUCUCUCUCGACACUUAGAAUGGCACACUAUGCUUUAUCAGUCUGAUUAAAAACAGACAAAGCCAGCUAACUCAAAGUAUUUCCAUACGUCUUGAUAAAUGUGAAGUAAGAGCAUGACUCUCAGAGGUAUUUGCACAUGGGCAGAGUACUUCAUCACAUCGUAUUUUUACAAACGACAUCAUGCAAACUCCCGAUAAAUACAAUCUGUGACUUUGCCACAUUUAGGUAAGGUCAGGCUAAGGGGCAGAUCAGAAAAUUAAACGUGUGGAAACUAGUCUAGACAUAAAUAUCUCUAUCUGUGACCUAAUUCUAUUCAAGCGUGUGAUUUAUGUGUGAUUUUCAGAUGCCUUAAAAAAAGGGGGGGGGUCUCUACCAAGGUUUCCACCCCACCUUCCCGAAAGCUAAGCAGAGCAGACUUUCUAUUUUCCUUCUGCUGCGUGUUAAAUAAGGCAGUGCAAUAGAGAUCAAGUAUCUUUCUAGCAAAGGGCAAUAUCCCUGUAGUCACAUUACCUUUCAAAGCAAAUGUGUGAUAUCUAAAACAAAUGUGUAAUAUCUGUUCUUGGUAAUCCUGUCUAAAGGCACUGGAUAGUAUAUUAUUCGGAAACAAUAGGGACUUGGAGUCAAAACCCGACAUUUUCCGCUGGCUAAGCAGUGACUGCAAGCGAGUAUCUGGCAGAGUGUUUUGCCUCUUCUCACUAGUUGAUGUAAAUGCAAGUUGAUUUUGCUGUUAUUACUACAAUGUAUUGCUGUAACUGAAGCUAUACAAACUUCAACAGCCUAGUCAGCUUAGAAGCCCCAAUGUUUUAUACACAUCUGUGCCAGCUAUAUAUUGUAGCCUGACAGGUGCUCUGUUGUUGUUUUUUAAAGAUUUAUAACAGUUGACUUGUUUGCUGGAAGGCCCAUUGCAAAGUAGGGCUGAAGGCUUGAGGGCUGCUAUUUCAGCCCCAUGCAGGUGUGGGACUGCUGAGUUGCUUGCAGUGACCAAGCCAGAUACCUACUAACACCAGGAUUUCUAGGUGUUGUCAGGGCUAGUUUAUGCAACUAGCAGAAUCAAGCUUUUCCUAGCCUAUCUUUUAAAACUGUAGGUGUGGGAUUAAACAUUACUGUGUUCUGUCUGUAGAAUUUUCUUUCUCCCAGUCUUGCCAAAUCCUGAGCAUCUUUAGGAGAUACCUUUUUUGUGUGGCCACAGAUAUCAACGUAGAUUUGGACUGAUGUGUUAGAGACAGUCUGCCUCUUCUACUGGAGGUAAAUACUAGAUUCUGGAGGGAAAACAACUGGUAGAGAAGCUGUUGCUUUCAUGCUCUGCAUCCCAGGAGCAUUUGGCUAGGCAGUGUUGGAAAAUAGAAAUGCUGUACUUUAGAGCACUAUUCAGCAAAAGUUACUCAUUACCAUGUCUUGUUGAAAUGAAUGCAACAAGUUAGUCAUUAAAAAAAAGGACUUUUAUUUAUUUUUGAGCAGUUGCAAUAGACAAAUAUAUAAAAACAAAACCACAUGUGGACAAACGUGUAAUUAUACAUAAAGGGGACAGGUGGCAGAACAAGUUAGUCAUGAUCAUUUGAAGCCUUAGUGCUUUCCUGUGGACUGAUAUAACUAACGUUACUUGAAAUUGGGACCACCCCAUACGGAACUUCAAAUGUUUACUAUUUUUAUUAUAGAAUUAAAUUCUGUUAUAUUCUGGAAAUCUUUUUAAAAUUACCAGAGCAGUUGCCAUGUUAGUCUGUUGCAGCAAAACCAAUGAAGAAUCUUAAAGAUCAACAGUUUUUUAUUAUGUCAUCAGCAUAGGAAGUGUGGUUCUCACUUGUCAGGUAUAUAUUAGUGUAGAGGAAAAAAUGGAAAAGUUUGGAGUUAAUGGUCUCUUACAUUAAAUUGACAAUAACCUGUGCAAAUUUGCACAGAAGCAAGCCCCAAUGAGUUACGGAAGCAAGCCCCAAUGAGUUCAGUGGAGCUUACUUCCAGCAAAGUGUGUAUAGGACUGAAAGCUGAAAGAAUGAAAAAUGAACCUUCCAUGUUCGCAGUCUGCAGUCAUUUGGUGAUAACAUAAUGCUUUAUCACUAAUCAGUGGCAGAGCUUCAUGCUCCAGCACGGGGGUGGAGAGCAGGCAUGGGCGUGGCUGGUGCAUGUCCCGGGGGCGUGGUGCGCCGCCCUUAGGGGCGUGGUGCACAUUCUGGGGGGCGUGGUGCAAUGCCUGUGGGGGUGUGGUGCCCAGUGCAUGGGGGAGGGAUAGCUGUGAUGGCACCCCACCGGGAUCAUGGUGCUGGGGGUGGUACACUCCCCCGCCCCCCUCUUCCUCCUCCAGUGUCACCAAUUACUGUUUCUUAAUUAUUAAUUCAUUCUGUUUACUUCAGAAAUGUUGCAAAGUAAUAAUAUUAAUAAAGUAUUUUAUAAUUUUCAAGAAUGGCAGUUUGAAUCAGUGAAUUCCAAAUAGAUGUGUUUUCGGUGCUGCCCAGCUCUGAGAAUCAGGUUUUGGGGAUUUGUUGGACUUAGCUUUAUUUUCAAUUGUACAUAAAAGGUUCUAUUUGUUAGUCGAUGUGUGGCACCAUUUUACAAGGCCAAACAGCUAUUCAAAAUACAUUUUCAUUUGUAUAUGAGGAUUGGUACACUAACACUGUUAAGGGUUACAGUGGUACCUCAGGUUACAUACGCUUCAGGUUACAGACUCCGCUAACCCAGAAAUAUUACCUCGGGUUAAGAACUUUGCUUCAGAAUGAGAACAGAAAUCGUGCUCCGGCGGCGCGGCAGCAGCGGGAGGCCCCAUUAGCUAAAGUGGUGCUUCAGAUUAAGAACAGUUUCAGGUUAAGAACGGACCUCUGGAACGAAUUAAGUACUUGACCCGAGGUACCACUGUAUUCUGCAAAAGCUUGAAGAAGAAAACAAACAGAAAUUUGUGCUGUUAAACUCUACAAAAGCACAUAAAUUAACAAAGAAUGCUCACGAAUUACAUAAAUUGGGGUGAGAUGCAUAAGGUUCUCCAAGAGCUUCUUGUGUUGGAAACACACAAAUCUUCUAAUAAAAUACCAGAGUAUUUUUCAGCAGACUCUACUCACAGUUGUCACAAUAUUAUUAUUAUUGCUGUGCAUUGCAUUGCUGCAAGCUUGCACAACUUGUGAUCAACUAAAUUGAAUGCCACUCGCCACGCAUGUGUGGCAGCCCACGAAAGACUCUGUGAACAAUCUAAUUUUGCAUGUGUCUGGAACAGCGAAAUAAGAGGAGUUACAAACACUUGACAGGCCACAAUACCUGGCAUGUGGUCUGAAUUUGCUUUAGUGAAUCACAAAUUGUGUAGGCCUGCUGUGGCACUUUUCAGUGUAUACAAUUUAGGUGGAAUUCAGUGUUUACUAUCUUGAUCGUUUCAUCAGUGGGGGCAUUUCUCCUUGCUAGAGGGAACAAAGCCCCUCUCCUCCCCCUGCAUGGUUCUGUGGUUUCUCCUGAACCUUCAGAGCAAAUUUUGGAGAGUCAGGAGAAGGGGAGAAGGCUGCAUUGUGCUAGUGGAAGCCCUUGCACUGGCUUUAGCUAGCACACUGGGUUAAUUGAAUUCAGGCUUUUGUUUCUUUUUUACUCAGGAUAAAGAUUGAGCAAAUGCAAUCCCAAAAACUUCAUGGCUGAGAAGGAUUUCAUCACCCUUCAUGACUCCUUUCCAUCUACUAUAUUGCACUGGCAGUAGGGUAGCAUGAACACAAUGCCCAUUCAGAUGGGUCCUUGGAAUAAUUUUAAAAUUCCACUCUUAAAGUUCCUUCAUGCACGUGAUCAAAUAGUUUUUGAGGCUUUCGAGGACUGAGUUCUUUGAUAAUUUCUCUUGUAAUUGUGUAUUUGUAUACACAUCCACACACACACACAUAUGGUCCCCAAGGAUAUUGGCACGCUACAAAUCCAAAUAAAUAAAUGUCUCAUAUAUCAGCCUAUUCAUCUUGAAUAGUUUGCCUGAGAAUUUUGAAAAUCUUUUCUCAACCAGCUUCAAUAAAUAGUUUCAUUAAAUUCAUCAGUGCUCUUGGCAGAAUGAAUUACGACAGUUAAAUGACUUUCAUCCACCCUUAAGCUACUAUAAUAAUGUUUGAGAAAUAUUACCAAUAAUUUUUCCAUAAGAGCCCUCUGUUAUGAAACAAAGCAGCCUUCUGUUAAAUCCUUGGAAGACCUAUCCCAAAUAUUUGACACUUACAUUGCCUGCUGAUUAAGUAACCAUGAUAAUAAAAAUUCCUCUUGAAUUUGAGAGAAGUGCAGCUCUUUGCUAGACCAAGCUAUGUAAAAGUUAAUUCAGUUCAGAAAUCCAGCUGCGUAUGUUAAAGGAUUCUUAUUACUUCUAAGUGUAGAAGAAAAUUCCACUGAGUACUGAUGAUUUUGACAAGAGUUUGGAAAAACAUAUUGUUUUCCAUUUAAACUAAUGAACUUCCAGUUUGAUUUCCCAGCCAGUGGCUUAAGUACAGUAAAUUUUCUCUGAUCUCUUUAACAUACAUACAUACAAACAAACAAACAUACAUACAUACAAAUGUAUGUAUGUAUGUAUGUAUGUAUGUAUGUUUACCCUGCAUUUGCACAUAAAACCCCCAAGGUUGUUAACACUAAAUUUUAUAAUAAAAUACAAUAAACAUACUAGCCAAUGUCCUCAUUUUUAUAUAGUGUAUAUAUAUAUAUAUAUAUAUAUAUAUAUAUAUAUAUAUAUACACACAGCCACUAAGCAUGCCCUCAGAUUUCUGCCAAAUGCAUAUCAGAUUUUGGCAGGACAGAGAAGAUCCCAAUGUCUUCAGAGCUAUGAUGAUAAUAACCAGGACUUUGAAGAAUUCCCCUAAAGAUAUCAGUAGCCAAGAUAGCUGUUGUAAUCUAGAAGUCACAUAUUCCCUUGUCAUGACCCUGGACCAGAACUCCUUAGAUUCAGAGCCCUAAUACAAUAGCAGCCCAAGGAGGAGUUGCAUCUAGUCAUUGGUCCAUCUUGUGAAUCCACCAGCGUCGGAGUACCCGUCUCAUCCCCUGAGCUCCAAGUAGACACUUCUGCCCCUGGACUCCAAGAACUAGAUCCACAGACUCUUCAAAGGAUCCAGAGAGCCUCAAAGAGCUUCCCCCAAAGCAGUCUCCACAGCUUGAAAACCUGUGGCCUAGAAAAAGCCAACUGCUGCGGAAAAAGUAGUGGAAGAGAUGGGUGUCAGUAGAGCGGUGCAAAACCCCAGACAACCUCCACCAGUGUUUGUGUCAUUAUGGUAGCAUUGACCAUGCUGGCUGAUGGGAAUUAUGGUCCAGCAACCUCUGGAGGGACUCACUUUGGCUACAUCUGAAUUAGAUGCAGCAUGGGAGAUGUGUGGGCCAGUGAGCCUCCCAGUGUCAUCUGGGACCACCUCCAGGAGGGACCGGAACUACUGCAAAUAACAACAACACUUAUACUACGUAAUUCCACCAAGCAGCCCAGGAGAAUAUCAGGGUUGAUGGUACUGAAAGCCACUAAGAAGUCUGGCAGGAACAACAAAAAUGCACUUCCCCAGUGUUCCCAUUGUUCAAAUCUGUGUCUAUCCAAUAAAUCUGGACUGAAGGCAAAUCAAAUGGAUGUGGUGAUGCAGAUAUUCUAGAACUAUGGGAUGUUUAGAAUCAUAGCAUUAUAGAGUUGAAAGGGACCCUAGGGGUCAUGUAGUUGAAACCCCUGUGAUGCAAGAAUCUCAAUGUAGAAUCAUAGAAUUGUAGAGUUGGAAAUAAGUCACACUGAAGGAACUCACUGCUUAGUGAAUGUACGUAAGAUUGCAGGACGCAAUCCUUUAUAGCCUUACCCAAAAGUAAGUCCCAUUGAACUCUUACAACCCAUUGCGCAUUCUGUUCACAAUGUAUAGUUCUGUGCUGGAUUGUGGCCUGUGUCUACGUGCUUCCAAAAAAGAUGCACUAGUGAUACGCUAUGACUAUCUAUGCAAGGCUUCCAGGCAUCUUCCUUCAUGCUGAAAAACAAUUAUGUUAGAAAUUGCUUUCAAAUGCAAAUGAUGCAAAACGGCAUGCUUGCACUUGCUUUAGUUUUGUUGCAGUCAAUAUAAAAACAUAGGUUUAAGGGCAAAGUGACCGAUUCCAAAUGGUUUGCAGAUAACUGCCACUGUAAGAAUUAAAGGAAUUCGUUUCUCCAUUGUUUUUUUCAGUUGACUGCUAUUCUGGGACUUGAAGAACAGACUAUCUUUAAUAAAAACAAGGCCCAGAGAAUUUUAAGAAAACUAAAGCAACAUCGGUGGCAUGAAAGAACAGGGAACCUCAAUCUGGCUGGAUAAAUAAAACACUGCAAAGUGUAUCAAAGUGUCAUUUGUAAUAUAAAACUCUGCAAGUUUUGAAUGCCAUAGAAUGGCAAAAUAAAUUCUGUGAAUAUCUUCAGGUGGAACAAAGCACAGACUGUGCACCUGUCAAAAGAGGCCCUCACAGCUGCAGCAAAGGGUGGGAGAAGAUGGCUGGGGCUGAAGAGGGCAGUGGCAGCAGGGGACACUUUGGGCUGUGUUUGCCCAGGGUCUUGCCUGGUUGUGAGCAAGAGCAAGAGGUGAGACACAUAAAAACCUGUUUCCCACCUGGGCAACCAGUUGGAAGCAGUGCAGUUUACGCACUGGCCCCUCCUGGGCUGAGGAACGCAUUGGCCUCUGAGGAUCCAGAAGCAAUUCCGCCCCCCCCCCCCGCUAGCUCCUGCUGGCUUUUUGUUGAUUGGGCUGUCCCUUUUCAUGAAGGUUUUGUGUCCAUUAAUGGAAUUGGACUAUGAUAGUUCUUUCUUUCAUCAGAACUUGGACAGGAGGAUCAGUGUGGAUAUGGAAAAUAACUAAUUUUGUGAGAAUGUCCGGUCACUCAUGGCUGAGAUGGGAGACAGUGGAGCACAGGGCCAUGGCCAGAUUUCAGGACGUGGAAUGGUGCCAACAUUUCCCCACCCCCAAAAGAGGGCAUUGACAGUUUGCUAUCCAGCCUCUUCUUAAAUCCCUCUAGCAAAGAAGAGAGCACUCCUUCCUGAGGCAGCCUAUUUCAUUAUCCACCUCUUAGCAUUAGGAAGCUUUUUCUUACGUUUUGCCAAAACCUGCUUCUCUACCGUUUCUACCCAUUGGUUCUAGUCCUGCCUCGUGGAGCAGCAGAAAACAAGGGAGAGGCUACACUUGGAAAUUGCUCCUCUUUCCGCUUCAGCUGGGAUAUCUGUUCUAAACCCCCAUUGGUUGACAUAAAGGGGCCCCCCGGUCCCUUUGAAAUACUGCAGAACUUGAGCGAUUGAUUUACCCAGCUUCAGGAACUGGCAGAAUUACCUGGACAAUACUGUUAAAUUUUGUGAAAACAAAUGCAAUAAGGAGGGAAGCAAGAGUAACCAGAAGACCCCCCCCCCCAUGAAGGAAUAAAUAAGAGCUAUUGAAAAUAGAAUGGAACUGCACUAAACAGUGGUGCUAGCGGGACCUAAACUAAAUAGUCAUGCUAGCACAUUGCACAAUGAGUCCUGUGAUUGCAAAGGGGCUUCCCCUCCCCCCACGUGCCCCUGUACUCUCCCCAAAUCUGCUCCGGAGGGUCAGGAAAAACUCCAAAACAGUGCAUGGAGGGGAGGUUGUUCUGGCUGGCAAGCAGAAAUACUUGAUGGAAUGGUUUCCUUAGUGCUACAUUGACUAUAACCCUCUGGUUUUUAAUUUCAACAAUAAUAUAAUAUAAUAUGUAAAAUAUAAUAAUAAUAAUAAUAAUAAUAAUAAUAAUAAUAAUAAAUAAUAAUAAUAAUAUACCACCGUAUACCCUCAGGUUUCAGGGCGGUUCACAGAAUAAGCUUGCACUUGUCAUUCCCACUUAUGGAUAUUUAGUCAAAAAGAAGAUUCGCAUUCAUUGGUGUCAUAAUUGUGUUUCUACAUUUUUUAAAAAAGAAAAUUGAUAUAUUUUGGAAACCUGGAUUGGGUUUCAUUUGCUGAUCAUUAAAUUCAUCUAGUCCUUAAAUCUAGAAGAAGGUGCUGUUUCAAAGCCUGCAGCUGCAGGAAUUACUUUGCAGAAAGCCGUAAUGUGGUUGUAGUUCCCAAAAGGCUUUGUAGAUGUGUGUAGAUGUGAGUGUAGUUUGGCAGAACUGAAGAGCUCAGUUUAUGAGAGGUCAAGGACAGAGUUAACAAGGAAUGCGAAUUCUUUUGCAAGCUCCGUGAGAAGGUUUCCUCCAGGGCUCCAGCGAAGGUAUUGGUAAGCUACUGUGGGGAAUGUCAGAUUGCAGCUGUGCUCAGCAAGGUGUAUAAAAUCUUUCAGAAUUCCAACUGAAAGAACGAGGAUAGAAAUCCCCGAGUAUCUAUCUUACCAAAAUCAUAUUUAACCUUUAACGUUGGAGUUUUACAGCCAUCUCUUUCGUCACUGCAAAACAAAACAACAACAACAAAAAAUCAGGCAGAAAGAGAGAAAGAGAUGUGUAAUGAAAAUGGUGCUUACUUUUGGGAAAACUCUUUGGAUUUUUAAAAUUGUUUGAGUAGGAUGUUUGAAUUGAUAGCAAGGUGAGUAUUCUUUAAACACUAGGCCACAUUGAAUUCUGCAUUGAACAGUGCUUUUUGUACAGCCUGCCAUAUAGACAAGGAUAGUUUGGCUACAAUUAUUCACACUGUGUCUACUGCAGUUUUGUUGCCUGUGGGCUGCCCUUACUGAGGGCCCAGAAAACGUACAAAAUAUGGCAGCUAGAUUACUAAUUGGGACAAGGCAUAAGGAACACAUCAUAUCAAUUUAAAGAACUCUGGUGGCUCCCAUUCCAUUUCUAUGCCCUGUUUAAAGAGCUGGUUUUAUCCUUCAAAACUCUUUGGAACCACACUGCCUUAAAGAUCACUUCCUUCAUACUAAACCUGCCUAGCUUAUUAAGUUUUGAGAUCUCUCCACAACCAGAGGUUAGGUUAGUCGGAACUAUUAAGGGUCUUUUCAGCUAUUGUGCCCCAAAUUUCAGACCUCUUUAUUGAGGGAGGCUUGCCAGGCACUGUAUGAUGUCUUACCACUAACAAGCAAAUAACCUGCCCCUUUGCCAUUUAGUUGCUGUGUUUUUUUAAUUGUUGUUUUAAACGUGACUCAUUUUCUGCUCUGUUUUUUCCUAGUUGUGUUUUUUUGCAUAAUCUAUGCAUAUAUUUUAAAGUUAUAUGUAAGCUGAAAGGCUUUUUCAUAAUAGAAUGGGAUUUUUAAUUAUUAUUAUUUUUAAAAAAUACAUUGUGAAUGCAGCAAACUGGUUUUUUCCCCAUGAGGUAUGUGAAAUGACUGUAAUUUUUGGCUCUGAAUAAAUAAUGAUAACAUAAUGGUAAUAAUGAUCUGUGUUAAGUAGAUUAUUAUCUGCCCAUAUGUUCUAUUAAUAAUUUACACAAUUAAAUGAAAAUGCAGACAGUUGAUUCUUACAAGUUGACUCUUGGCAUUCUUCCAUAGAGCAAGUGUACUAAGCUAAUUGAGUUCAUUUUGUCCUUUAAAAAGGCAAAGAAAAAAAUUCUUGUUCCUUUAUUAGUUACAUAACUGGCAGAAAAUCAACAGACUAAAGUCAAAGUUUCCCCAUCAUUGCAUUGUUAUGCUGCACUUGUUGUAUUUCUCCUGUUGAAAUCCUGUUUUAGCCCCACCCCCCAAAAAUGUUCCAUUGCAAUCUGGGCACUCAAAGUUUUACUAACAUGUUACCUGAAUUGCUUUGAAGAUGCGUAUGAAAUAAUAAACUUUUAGUAUGUGUAUAAUCCAUAUGAAAUGAAUUUUAUGCUCGAUUGUAUCAUGAUUUUGAGAUGCUUGUGCUCAUUUUAAGUCUAAAAAAAAAAUAUUUGCAGCCUUUCCGGUAAAAUUAUUCGCUAUUUAACAUGGGGACAUGAAAAAAUGCCCAGGGGGUCCUUUACCCUUUUACCUAUGAAAAAAAUGUGCCCUGCACAAUCAUAUAACAAAGAAUUACCUAUGUGGAAAAUUACUGCUUUUUCUCUCUCUUGUCAUCUUUAAGUCCUUCAUGAGUUCUAUAUUUCAUUUCACCAGGACCCACUUAAUGCUAAAUAUCUAAUGGCACAGUCAUAUGGCUGCGUGCUCAGAAGUAAAUCUCACUGAGUUUAAUGGGACUAGGGAUGGGGGAGAAAUUUGAUUCAGUUCACCUUUCAAGGGAAACCAAUCUAGUUCUCACUUUUCCAAAACAAUAUCCAAGCUGAAACACAGCUGUCCUUUGAAAUUCAAAAUUCUCCAGAUUUUGUCAUGUAGGUCUCUGGCCAAGUAAUGUUUAUCUGCACAAAAAAACAUAUACUGAGAGAGAGUGUGCAUAAAUGCGUAUCUUACUGAAGAUAACAUGCCAAAGUGCAUUAUGUCAGGGGAACUACUGCGCAGAAAAUUGUACAUUAGGUAAAAUUGCAUACUGCCAUAUGUUUAUUGGGAGAAAUUCACACUAAAAUGAUAAAUUUUCAUCAGGAGAAGAACUUAAGACUGGAAAACUGGAAAAUUAAAUGGAGAGGUCUGCCCAUAUGUGUACCCAAGUAUAUAUAGGAUGGCUGCUGCCUUCAGCAGGGUUUACUUCUGAAAUAGGCAUCCAUAGGAUUGCUCUGAAAUGCUGAGAUUCGUCCUCCCUGAGAAUCUUACCUUUAGCAAUCCCAGGAGACUUACUGUGGCGCUUUCCUUUUAUUGUUCCUUCACAUUUCUGAGCUACUCUGAAAAGCAGGGAGACAAUAUGCCUUCAUCAGAAAAAGCUACGAGCCGACCGAAACAUUCAGCAAUAAUAUUCCUUCUGCUGUAGCUUUGGCUUGGAUAUUUCUUUGACACUUUUAAUACAUGCAACUAAGCCUGCGUUUCAAUGCCGUGCUACAGCGGCUGCGUUUCUUUGUGCCUUUGCGGAACAGAGCUCGUCAAGACAAGAAUGCGCUCAUGGUUUGUCGGAUUGGAGCUUUGAGUCAGUGGGAACUGUAGCCGGUACAUUUGGGAUUAUGCUUAGUGAAAGGUGCUGUAAUCGGCUGCAUGGUGAAAUGCGUGAGAGACAGGCAAAUGGGGUCAGCGAGAAGGACAUAGGGCUCCAGAGGUGUGCACUUGCAGGACCAAGCGUCGGGUUCCCAUCCCCCAACCCAUGCAAAUAAGAGACCAAUGAGGCUGCUUUUUUGGGUCAAAACAGGCCACAACUUUAUUGAAUACAGAUGAAAGAGGUAUGGCUUGGGGCAAUCAAAAUAUUUACUGCCCCCUCGCCGAAAGUGACGCGUGGUCAAUCCAGACAGGAGGUUGCUAAGACUUACAUCCAAUAGGGUGACCCCACAGGGACUGCCGUCUGGGGGAGUGCCUUUGGCUCUUGCCCCCGCUUGGGCACACGGACAUAGCCAUUCCCUCUGGACCCCUUUAACGGGAUACCCCAGCGUUUGGAGGGGCAGGCGGAGAUUACAACCUCCCCUCCAUCCAAAACAAAGGAUUGCCCCCAUGCCCAACCAGUUGUGAUGAUUGCUAUGAGGUAGGCAAAACCACUGGGUCAGUGCCAAUUAGCCGGGUGGGCCAUUUCCUACCCGGCCCCAUAAAGGAUGGCGACCACCAUAGCCACAGCAAAGUCAUCAGCUUAAACCAGGGGCAGGUAGGGGGGAAAACCCGAUGAAGGAACAAAAGGUGUGGGCCGCUUAGAUGGGCAAGAGGCGGAUCCGAGGGAAGCCUACCUGCUCCAUUGGCUCUGCCCCCAGCACAGCCCAUGUCCCCAGCCUGCAUCCCCAUUAGCCAAAGCUCGGUGCAGGCUUGGUGCAGGCUUAAGCUCCCACCGCCUAUCAGGAAGGGCACCGCUGUUCAAGUUCCCUCGUCAGGGCCCUGGUGAAGCCUCUGCCUUCAGUGCUGCCGCACCAAAAGUCGUGAGCGGACUUGUCUUCUCAGACCCCUCAUAGCAGGCAUCAGGGCAGGUAAGAACUGAGUGGACUUUAAGAGAAAGGACACAUCAUUCCUCACCUCUCCACUGCUGCUUACCUGAAAAGCUGGGGUAGAGUCAUUUUGUAUUUUUAUGCUGUGAACCACCCUGAGAUCUUUGGAUGAAGGGCAGUAUGCAAAAUGAAUGAAUGAAUGAAUGAAUGAAUGCUACCCUUCAUCAAUUGGACUGAAGCUUAACAUGAACAAAAGUGUCUUGGUUACUUCUUGAGUGGUGAAGAGCUUAGGUUACAACCUACAGCCUCCAGUAUUAUAUCCUUACUGUCCUCAUUGUUUAUGGGUUGUACUUGAAUCAUUCCUUCAGAUAUCAUGGGUUCCUCUGGCCCAGGUCAUCGAGUUUAGUUUCUUACUUUGCACUAGCACCAAGCUAUGUACUCAUUGCAUGGCAGUAGCCCUCAAAAAUACUAUGCUUUAGUCAGGGUUGUCACAUUUUUAGCCGAUCCUGCAGUUCCAUUGAAAUCUAAGUUGAUAUGUUUAGAAUUGUGCUAUGAAUCACAAGAUGGUGUGGGAGGCUCAUUAGCCAUGGCUCCUCCCCCCCACCUAUUUUGUUUGUGCUCUUCCCCCACCUCCUGUAGUGGGGCGUGGGUGGGCAACAUACAGCAUUCCGGAAGUUGCUGAGCUACAGUCCCCACCAUCCCUGACCAUUGCCCAUGGUAGCUGAGGCUGAUGGGAGGUCUGAAGAGCCACAGGUCACCUAUCACUCUCCUACAGCAAGCAGGGCUUCAUCUUGUCUCCUGUUUCUGUUAGGAUAUUUCCGUUCCACCUUAAAAGGGAGCAGGCUUUGUGAGUCACAGAGUCUGCGUAUUUCCUGUUCACAGGAUGUUUCUGUUGUGUCUAUGCUUUCGUUUCUCUCUGUGUGUCUGAGACACUAAAGCUGGCAGUCAUGUUUUCUUUGUUCUGACCAACGCUGAAUAAACUUGUAAAUAAUGCUCUCCUGCGUGCAUCUUUCGCUGUGCAUUAUCUGCUGAUAGAGCGUGCAUGAGCUCUGGAAUGUGGCAAGCUAUUUCUGGAAGCUCGUGUCGCUAAUUGAAUGAUACUGCAUGUCUACGGGAGAUCGAUGGACGUCCGGAGGCGGCUUGGGGGCCAUGAUGGACUUUGUCUCCCUGGCAGUAUCCCAACAGUUUCAUCUUAAUACCAUUGAUUUCUAGUUGCAACCUGAUAAAGCUCUACCUAUGGUACAAGCUCUGAGGCACUAUCUUCUUCAUUCUUAGUUUACAGAAUCUCAGGGCUAAAUCCUAGCCCCGAAAAUAAGUGCUGUGCUGUUCCUUGGUUAACCCUUUCUCGGAUUCAGGUUUGGCUGUAAAUCCAUACAAAAGCUCACACUAAUGGCCUGCAAUCAAUCCUGCUCUUUAGGUGAACAGUGUAGAAAUGGUGAGCCCAUCUUCCAAUUUGGCAAGAUGACACUAAAUUGUUCACAUUGGUGGGAUGUAUACAUUAUGCGCCUGUACUCUUGAGGAGAUGGGAGAUAGCUGACACUUUGAAUUUAAUUAUGCCGCUGAUGAUAGAGGUGCUGACAGUGAUUAUUUGUACAUCUGGCAUAAAUUUAAGAAAGGGGAAAACAAUGAUCCAGUGUUCAGUCUCAUUUUUCUUUGUCUCCAACAUAAACUCGAAUAUUUGAGCAAUUGCUCUUUUCUAUGUAGUGGUUUCUAAGGCUGCAACCCUAUGUGUAUCUUUAGCCAGGGUUGCCUAGCUUGGAGUAAGACCCAGUGGGAUUUACUUCUACGCAAACGUAAAGAGGAUUGUACUGUAAGCUUACAUCUUUUAUGCCGUAUUCCCCACCCCUGGAUUAUUUUGUACAUUUCAAUGUGCUUUGAGCAUAGAAAUCUGCUUUAUAGUGAGCCAGUGCAUUAAUCUGUCUAAUUCAGUAUUGCUACACUGGUGGGCAGAAACUCUUCUUUCUACUUUAGAAUACUCCUAAAAGGCACUGUAUAAAUAAUAAUUACUAUAUAGGAUUACAAGGGGGAAGAGUAUUUUUUUUAUUGAAUUGUUAUGCUAAUGCAAAUGAAACAAAGUAGAAAAACAUUUCAAUUGAAUACAAAAAAAGAGAAGAAAAGAAAGAAAGACAAAGAAACAAAAAAGAAAACAAAAAAGAAAACAGAGCAAAACAGAGCAAACGCAAAAAGUAAGAACAUAAGUAUAAUACAAGUAUGAUGCAAUAAUAGACAGCCCAGAAUGUCAUUUCUCUACCGAGAUGCUGACCCUUCUGGAGUGAAUCUCUUUUUAUUAUACUUUUGGUUUUUUAUUUCCGUCGACCGCACGGUGGUUAAUUUCUUAUAACUAAAACAAUUUCUCUGUAUUUCAAGAUAUUCCUCAUCUUGGUAUAAGGAGACAUUUUUCUACUUAUGGGUUUAUUCUAAACACAAGCAAAUCUUGGUUGUUGAACCUUGACUCGAUAGGUAGGUAUUUAAGCAUUCCCAUUCCUUCUGGAAUAUUUUAAUUUACUUGUUCCUUAAGGCUUCAGUCAACUUAGCAAGUUCCAAAUACUUGCUCAGCUUUUGUAGCCAUUCUUCUCUAGUUGAUAUAUGGUCACCCUUCCAGUACAGUGGUACCUCAGUUUACAUACGCUUCAGGUUACAGACUCCGCUAACCCAGAAAUACUACCUCGGGUUAAGAACUUUGUUUCAGGAUGAGAACAGAAAUUGUGCUCCAGCGGCGCAGCAGCAGCAGGAGGCCCCAUUAGCUAAAGUGGUGCUUCAGGUUAAGAACAGUUUCAGGUUAAGAACGGAGCUCCGGAACGAAUUAAGUACUGUAUUUUUCGCCCUAUAGGAUGCACUUUUUCCCCUCCAAAAAUGAAGGGGAAAUGUGUGUGCGUCCUAUGGGGUGAAUGCAGGCUUUCGCUGAAGCCUGGAGAGCGAGAGGGGUCGGUGCGCACCGACCCUCUCGCUCCAGACUUCAGGAAGCUAUCCACAAGCCGUGGGAGCCUGCGGGAGUUCCCGCCGGGCUCCCACGGCUUGCGCAGAGCUGCCUGCACCCCGAAGCCCAGGCGCUCUGAGCAGUUGCGCCGGGGCUUCGGGUAGCUCUGCGCAAGCCGCGGGAGGGCUCCCCCGGCUUGCGCAGAGCUGCCUCUUAUCCCGAAGCCCCGGCACGCUGAGCAGUCGCGCCGGGGCUUCGGGUAGCUCUGCGCAAGCCGCGGGAGGGCUCCCACGGCUUGCGGAGAGCAGCCUGUUCCAGGGGCUGGGGUCGGGGGAGGGGAAAUUCCCCCCCCCUCGCGCCUGGGGGGGGGGAAAUAUUUUUUUUCCUUUAUUUCCCCCCCAAAAAACUAGGUGCGCCUUAUGGGCCGGUGCGCCCUAUGGGGCGAAAGAUACGGUACUUAACCUGAGGUACCACUGUACUUUGCUAUUAGUACCCUAGCCACCGUCACUGCAUAGAAAAAUAGUUUUACUCUUUCUUUUGGGAUGUUGUCAAUUAGAAUCAAAAGGGGGAAGAGUAAACCCCAUAACUUUAGUGUCUGCACAAGCACUGUAGAUGUUAUGAUAUAUUUCCGCUGCAAAGAGAAGUUCCUACUGCUGUUGCUCUUCCAGUUUCUCCAACUGUGACCACCAGCAUAUGAAUGAAAUAACUCUGAGGUUUAAUGUGCAUUUGUUAAACUUUAAGUACCUCUCUGGGUGAGCAUUAUUCAAAAUUCCUUGUUAAGCACGGCAUCGAUUAACAAACACUUUAAGAAAGCUACAAGAGGAAUGGGUUUUAUUCCUGGAUUUUCCUAACAUCUUUCAGUAGUUUGUGCCAGAAUAUAAACACUGAGAUAGUGGGCACUGACGCCACUUCAUAUCAUACUCUGCGGAACAUGAAAGCAAACAUGUGCAAACUUGAUAAGCGUAUUGGCUUUUUGUAAUUGAAAGCAGACAAAACCACAUCUAAGCAUUCUUGGCUCUCUGUGUUGGUUUCACUGAAGUUUGGAGCCAUAGCUGUGGUGAAACAAUAUUCAUAUUUUACUCUUAUAAAAUCUGUUCGCCUACAGUGCUAAAUAAUUAAAGGGAGGAUAUGUAUAUAUUUGUAUAUAAAUGAGCUGGCUGAGAAUGUCAAGUAGUAGGGGAUGGGGCUAAGAGACUAGCUUCUCCUCACUACCUGCUCAAAGUGUACCUUUUGUGAGCUAGUUCUGGUCUGAGCUGCAGAACGUCCUAGUUGCCAUCUGAUUUUGAUAACUUUAUGCUUUGCAGGAUGGAUUAGGGUCAGUUCUCUUCACUUUGUAAAAUUUUAAAAUAUUGUUCUGAAUUUUUUUGUAGUGUUUCACAAUUCCCCAGGUUUUUUGGGGGGCUGGCAUGUGGCACAGUCCCCAACUUCCUGUGCUGUGUACCCCUUACCUGGCCUGCCCCACCUUAAACACCGUACCCUCAACCACUGUGAUUGGCUCCCCUGGUCCCCCAGCUCAUUUCCCAGACCCAUCUCCCCUCCCCCAAAACAACAACAACAACAGCAGCAACAACAAUCAAACAAAUUAAAAACAGUUUCAAGAAAUCAUUGAAUGCUCACAGUAGAUUUAUUUCAGCAAGGAAGGAGCAAGUUGCCGCAAAAGAGAGUAAAAGCCAUGUUUAUAACAUAACGUAUGUUUAAUACAUCUCAGCAGUUUAAGGGUGAGAAGGAACUGGAAUAAAGAAUGAGUAAUUAGAGUGGAUUAAUGUUUCUCUGAGCCAAAGUUGUGAAAUGUGGAUGCAACAUGCCUGAACUAUUUCUCUGGUUCAUUUUUUUCUUAUGUGAAGAAUACACAUAUAUCUCAUUGACUGUAUAUUGUAAAUCAAUAUGACUUUUAAAAUUAGACACCAGUUUGGUGGCACAUUUUGAGGACUGGACUUUUGACAGAAUCUGUUUUUGGAGCGUGCCUGACUAUCAUACUAAUGUUCUGGGCCAUGAGAAAGCAACAUAUAUUAAUUUUUGCUGGUUGCCUGUCUCUUUUUCAGUACUGACACUGAAAACAAUCCCUAGACCUUUGAGCUCGAAAGCUUGGAGUCACAACAGGGUUUGUGCAGAAAGUAAUUACAAGUACACAUUCCUACCACAUGCAGCAGGAUUUAUCCUAUAGACCCAUGCAGCUGAGGAAUUCAGCUAAGCUUUAAAGACCCUCAGGUAGAAAAAGGCAUCUGGGGUCAGGGAAAUACCAUGCUAGUUGGCUGCAACUUACAUAAAGAGAACCUGGCCGGAACGAUCAUUAGGAAGCACCCAACACAGCUGACAAUGAAUGAUAUUUUCUCUCUCUCACCCUCAGCAUUAAAAAGUGUAGCACACAUAGGGACAUUGUCCUGUUAAAAAUUAGGAAGAAUAAGGAGUACAUUAUUCUAAUAGGACCCAGACUACAGAACAAGUCCCCACCGCAACAGUAAUGUUUACAGCAGACGUGUAUGUCUUAUUAAAUAUUUCAGUUUAUUUAUUAAGGCUUCUUCCCAAAGUUGGGCACACAAUAAAAUAUAAUUAAUCAUAUAACAACACAAUAAAAUAUAAAUUCAUUGAAACAAUAGGAACAACUAAAGCCAAAGCCACGGCUUUAAACCAAGCCAUGUACAAACACAUUCAGCUCUAACCCUUUAAAAAAGCAUGGGCAAAAAGGUAGGCCUGUGCUUGGCACUGAAAUGACAGACGUUUUGUGUAGUGUCAAACUAGGACUAGGGAAACUCAGGGUCAAAUGUUCUCUAAGCUAUGUUGCUGAGUGAUCAUUGGCCCAUCAGUGUGACUCAGCCUAACCUAUCUCAAAGGGCUGUUACAAGUAUUAAAUGGGUGGCAGAGAAACAUGUAUGCCACCUUGAGCUCCUUACAUGGAAAGGCAAAAGAAAAAAUGUAAUAAAAUAAGUAAGAGGGAAAGCUCUUAGACCCAACCAAGGCUUCUGAGAGUGGAAGGGAAAGGAGAUGUGAUUUUAGCUUGUUCUUAUUUCCCAGUCAGCUCAAGAGGUUUGAGGAACCAUUUGAAACAGCGCGGGAGGUAUAUAUGGCAGACAUCAGGAGAAAUGAGUGGAAAUCAUAUCUCGCUUUCUGCUCAUGGAAGCCUCUCUGGAGCCAAGAUACAAUUGCAUACACCCCAAUGGCAAUAAACAGGACCACUAAAUAUUAAUCUCUCUCUUCUGAAGAUCCUGAAAGCAUCACUGUUAGUUUUACUACUCAAGUUUUAUUACUGUUUAUCACUUCUGUAGUAGUGUGCAAGUCAUGAGGCGGGCCAUAGAAAUAACACAGCCCUUCUGCUGUCCAGAAAUCAUACAGUUUUCAGUAAAUGAACAAUACAGGAAUGGUAGUGGUGGGAUUAAGGAAUGGCAAUGAGUAUUGGUCCUUUUGCGACCUUUUCCCCCCUGAUGAAGCCUCUGUAUUUUUAGCAGCUGUGUGAAAAGUAAAAUUAUAAGCAGGUAAAGAUUUACCCAGCAUGGAAAUGCAGCAGUGAGGAGAGUCACCUGCUGAAUAAUGUAGCCUGCAUAUAAUGUAGACUGUGAGGGAUUCUUCUUUCUCUGGAGUAACAGAAGUGACUUCUCACAAAUCACUUCUAUGACCCAAAAUUCCACAAAUUUCCUUGCUUGCCUUUCCUUUUUUGCCUGCUGUGGGGAAACGCCAAGUCCUGCUUGCCGUGGCUGGUGGAUUAGGGCAGCCUUCUUCCAUUUCAAAUCCUUCAACUCCCAUCAGCUCCAGCCAGCACAGCUGCGAUGGAAGCUGUGGUCCAAAACAUUUGGAGGGCUCCGGUUGGGUGAAGGGGGUGCAAGGGGAGCUGUGAAAUCAAGUCCCACCGGUUUUAAUGGCAGGAUGAAGCUUAUAUCUCCCCCAUUGAAAGCAAAAGUGCUUGACUUUGGCAGGAUCAUGCCCCUUAUUUGGCCUGCUUUAAGAAUCCAUCUUACAACGCAGGUGACGCUGUGGGUUAAACCACAGAGCCUAGGGCUUGCCGAUCAGAAGGUCGGCGUUUCGAAUCCCCGCGACGGGGUAAGCUCCCGUUGCUCGGUCACUGCUCCUGCCAACCUAGCAGUUCGAAAACACGUCCAAGUGCAAGUAGAUAAAUAGGUACUGCUCUGACGGGAAGGUAAACGGCGUUUCUGUGUGCUGCUCUGGUUCGCCAGAAGCGGCUUAGUCAUGCUGGCCACAUGACCUGGAAGCUGUACGCCAGCUCCCUCGGCCAAUAAAGUGAGAUGAGCGCCGCAACCCCAGAGUCGGCCACGACUGGACCUAAUGGUCAGGGAUCCCUUUACCUUUACCUAAGAAUCCAUCACCUCAGUAACAAUAUUGAUGCUACAGCAGGUACAUUAUUUAAGCAGGUCCUUAGCAUCCCUUAAACCCUUGAACAUUAGGAUAGCUGCAAUACAUUUCUACUAUCAAGUGUUGAAAAUGAAAAAAAGAGAGAUUCCCUCACAAACGUAACUCAAUCUUUUAAUUAUUUGUCCAAAUGUCAGCCAGUGUGCUGAUUGCCUCAGCUGAUUUACUUCUUGACAAGAAAUAUUUGUAUAAGGACGCCAGCAAGAAAUAUGAGAAGAAAGGAAAGCCCUUAGGGAGGUUUGAAGAGUUCUUUUAUGGCUAAAUCUACUGAAUAAGCAAUUGUAGCUGGACACAGAAGAGAAAAAUCCACACACUAUACUUUGGAAAAUUACAUACGAAACGUAAGCACAUUUGCUUAGAGUAAGGAUGGAUAUGGUAACUUAAAUUGGUGAUGGACUCUAUUGCCACUACACUCUUGCAAAACUGGAAUUUUAUUUUUUAUUGGAAAAGUGAACAAAUGAUGGGAAGAACUAGUAACUUAAAGCCAUUCCACUUGGCGCUACUAGAAGGAAUUCACAGGUACUUGGCAGUACAAUAUUUUCAUGAAAGGGAAAUAUAUUGUUAAAUUUUUGCCCAUCCAAAGGUUUUGAAAGGCCUUCACACUCAAAAGUGGCAACCCUAGAUGUACAGUAAUUUAUUGUAUUAUUUUCAUAAUAAAACACGAGGUCAAUGUUUAUACAGUGGUGCCUUGCAAGACGGAAUUAAUUCGUUCUGUGAGUUUUUUCGUCUUGCGAAUUUUUCGUCUUGCGAAUUUUUCGUCUUGCGAAGAACGGUUUCCCAAAGUCUUCAAAAUCACCAAAGUCUUCAAAAACCUCAAAAAAGGCUACCACACCGCGUGCUAUGAGUUGCUCCUCGAAGUCACCCUGGGUAUUAACGUUUUUAAGAAAAAGGAAACAAACUUGCAAGACGUUUGAGUUUUCGUCUUGCGAAGCAAGCCCAUAGGGAAAUUCGUCUUGCGAAGCAACUCAAAAAACGAAAAACUCUUUCAUCUUGCGAGUUUUUCGUCUUGCGAGGCAUUCGUCUUGCGAGGUACCACUGUACUGUUAUUUCAAGAAGUGAAAUACUUCUGUAUAUUAUGGAGUACUGGCUUUUUUAUUUGUUUGUUUGUUUAACAUAUUUAUUGACCAAAUAAUAAUAAAUAAUAAUAAUUAUUAUUAUUUAUACAUACAUACCCCGCCCAUCUGGCUCGGUUUCCCCAGCCACUCUGGGCGGCUCCCAACAGAUUAAAAACAGAAUAAAACAUCAAACAUUAAAAACUUCCCUAAGCAGGGCUGCCUUCAGAUGCCUUUUAAAAGUCAGGUAAUUGUUUAUUUUCUUGACAUCUGAUGGGAGGGCAUUCCACAGGGCGGGUGCCACUACCGAGAAGGCCCUCUGCUCUCUUUAAGAGCAGUCGUUAUUUUUGUGUGAGUUUUCUGUCGAUCCAUAAGUUAAUUGGUCAAAUGUAUACUAAAAUGUGUCCAUCACUUACUGAGAGCAUGGCCCAACUUAAAGUUAAAACUCAAUUUCAGUGUGAUAGUUCACUAUGUGCAUAAAUGUCUUCCAUUGAAGCCAAGGGAAUUAAAACGUUUGGCUGGAUGGUGUCCCUUUUGGCUUGCCGUAAGAAUUAGUUACAAAUCUGUAAAACUCAGACUGCUGCUUCUUAGCGCUGGCAAGAGGGAAUAUCUGAUUGGCGCAUGAAAUAUGUAUUUCCUCCUUUUGGUAUCUUAGUCAGAAACAGGACCUUUUCUGCGUGAUGCCUGACUUGUGGAAUGUCCUAAAUGGGUACAUCUGUCAGACUCCAUAUCUUCUGGUGUUUAAGCAGGUACUUCAAACCCACCUAUUUGCCUGUAUUAUUUUUAUUAGUUAAUUUUUAAAAAAGCUUUACAUCUGACAACAAAUUCAAGUUGCAGGCUGAUCCCAAAACAAUGAUUAAAUUAACCAUCUGUAAAUUGACCAGCCAUUGGGUUUUGAUCAUUGCUACGUUGGAAUGUUUAGUUGAUUUAUUGAUGCUGUAAGACUUUGUGGAUAUGAAUUAAAGCCUUUAUUCCUUUCUAAGCCAGAUUGUUAGCCACUUUGAAUAUAAAGAAUAAAGUGAGUAUCUAGGCAGAUAAAGGCACAGCCAAUAGAUCUACCAUAGCUUUAAUAAUCUCUUCAGUAGACCAUAUGAAAGGGUGACUGAAGCUGUGCUUGGGCUUCCGGAUGCCUUCUGCCUCACAAAGUCACAUUAUUGUCCCCUAUAUUUUCCACAACAUAUAGAGCACAACAGGCUGAAUGGUAACGUUUGUAACAAAUUUUUUACUGGUUACUUCCUAACAUACAAAUCAAGUGCAGGAUGUACACCAUCCUUAAGCAAGGUAUAUAACCUAUUUAAUUAAAACCAAUGCAGAUAUAUUUCUUCCUUUUUAUACAUUCUUGUUUGAUUUCAUAUAUUACACAGUCCUCGAAUGUGAUUAAGGAAAGGUCCACGGAAUGUCAUGGACGAUACAGCUGAUGAGGUUGGCUAUCAUUGGUCGCAGACACAGGCAGGCUGGCUCAGGCAGCUGGGUUGGGCAGAACAAGGUUUCCGGAUGUUUCCUUGUUUCACAUUCAAGGACUGUGUAAUAUAUGAAUUCAAACAAGACAGUAUUAAGAAAGGAAGAACUGUAUCUGCAUUGGAUUUAAUUAAAUAGGUUAUAUACGGUACCUUGCUUAAGGAUAGUAUAUGGUGUUCAUCCUGGACUUGAUUUGUAUGUUAGGAAGUAACCCAUAAAAAAAUUGUUACAAACAUUACCAUUCAGCCUGUUGUGCUCUAUAUGUUGUGACUAUUGCAUCUGCGUAACAAGGUAUUGUAUUUGUUUUGACCCUAUAUUUUCCACUCACAUAUGCAGGCAUCUCUGCAUUGGCCAUUCUUACAAUGUUUAGCAUUCAUAUUAGGAUCUUUGCACAAACAUGCAAUCCUUCACAAACCACAUUUGGAAACUAGGAAGGAGCUACAUACUACAAGUGCACAGGGUCAGCCAUUUCUGCUACCAUGACUUUCCUUUUUCAAUGUUGCAGUUGCUGGAAAUGGCUGCGGUGGCCCCUUUGUAAGUAGCAGCAUAAAAAAUUGACCUCACUUCAUGUGGCCAUGUACCCAAGUGUAUGAUUGGGUGAAUAGCAGCUUACACUGCCACUGCUCUCACUAGGCCUCUAAAAUGUCACUUAAGGACUAUUGUGAGUGCUGCAGUGUGGUGGGCUAGGAAACAUUGACUCCAUUGUGGCUAAGGUAUUAAUGCUGUUACAAUUAGACCAGUCAUGUCCUCACACAAUCAAUAGGACAUUUGUGUCUAAUUCUGUGACCGGUAGCUUCCCAAAAGCUCUUCAGCUCAGGCUGGUAGCAAGUUGCUGCAGGUAUUAUUAUUUUUUUAAUCCACAGGUGGGAGGUGUAUUUCCAGUUAUAGAUCAUAUUAAAACAUUCUUGGUUCAUUGUCUGGUACUUUUCCUUCAUUCUGGAGCCUGGUUUAUGCUCUUUGGCAUCAGAGAUCAAUGCUUCCAUUAUUUCUGUGUGUCGUCAAGCUGUUUUAUGAAGGCAUUAUUUAUAGUUAUAUUUUGACAGGGAGAAUUUUUCCCUUGUUUUUCCAGCCAGAUGUACUACCUUGUCUCUCAGAAGAGCAGCUUAAUGCCCUUCUGGAAGAAUGUAUGCAAACCCCAAGAAGAGUAAACAGUCUUACCUUGCCAAAAUCUCAGGGAUCCUUUCUUGAACGAACAAGUCUCUGUUGCAACACAGCUAAAGACAUCAUUCCAUCAGAUGAUGCCCAAAGUGUGGAAAAGCUGGCAAACCCAGAAAUGAUGGAUGUUCAAGAUAAUGAUACAUGUUCAAAGGAAAUGAUGGAAACCUCUGACUGUAAUCUCAGCAGAGCACUGGAUGAAUCUCACCUGUUAGAGAAAAAAGAAAAUGAGAAUCAAGAAAGCCAAGAGGAGGAGAUUGUGCAUGCCAGUAGCUCUGAGGACUACUUCAUGUCAAUAGCCCUUAGCACAGAGAGGCUGAAAAAACCUUCUUUUCUUGAUGAACCUUUUUAUUGUGUCAGCACAAACAAUGAGCCAUCCACAGAUGUCAACAUUCCUAGCAUACCAUUGAAAACCAGAGGAGGUGAGGUUCUUAAUAAACCGUUGGAAUAGGCUUUUGAUUGUGAUUUUAAAAACCCAAGCAGGUUCUCAUCGAAGGUAUGCACUAAUGUAUUAUGAUUACACUGGUAGGGCAAAAAAGCCCUUUCAUAAGGCACAAAACGAUGCCAGAAAUAACACAAAAUUUCAAAAUGUUUUCUGACAUUCUUGAACUGACAUAAAUAGCUGUGAGAUUAGUUCUCAGGAAAAGCACUAAAAAUAAUGAUUGAUUAUGUCAGCUGGCAAUAAAGUUGGAUAUACACAGAUGAAUUAUCUCUUUAAUAAUAUGUAAACCUGUUUCUUUUGUUCAUUGUGUCGAUAAAAUGUGUAAAAGGUUGCAGAAAAGGUCAGCUGACUGCAUUUUUAAAAAAAGGAACUGGUAGCAUUGCUCAAUAAUAAUACAGAGGUGAUGGAUAUUUCUAGUUAGAGAUCAUUUUAAAAUUUUAUUGGUUUAGUGUCUGGAAGUUUUCCUGUGUUGCCCAAUAAUAUUAACAAAGGGUGGGAAUACAUUGUCUCUCUAUUCUGAGCAUACCACUGUAAUGCACAGGAGUCCUUAGAAGUCAAUUAAUGUGUAUAAAUUGGCCAGGCUUCUCUUUAGUUGUGGCAAAGUGUUCUGAGUACUCAUCAGUCAUUUUGACUUUUCUAACAGAAGCCUCUGCUGCUGAAUGACACUUGAAUGAAGAAUGCAUUUAAACGUAUUUUGUUGUUGAGUCUUUUUAACUUUAUGUACCACCUUGAACUAUCCAGGCAAAGAAAAGUAGAAUAAAUGCAAGACAUAGAAUUCUCUCAGGAUUUUGGCAAAGCCCCUAUAAAGCAACAGGCAGAUUAGAUGCUACAGUAAAUAUGUGGUUACUGCCAAAAAAAUAAUAAUAUCAGUGUCUAGCACCCCUUUUGCUUCCCUAAUGUCUCUAGUACAUCUAGGGAUGGUGUUGGACCAGCAUGACCAAUGGUCAGGGAUGAUGAGAGGAUGACUGAAACAUCUCCUGUGCUAUGGUUAUUCAUAUAGCAGCAGUUGACUUUCCCAAGUUAGAAUAUGGCUGAGCAAGGAUUUCCUAGGUCAAACUCCAGUAUUCUAUCAAAUGAAACAUUUACUUGGGAUACAACAAUAUUUCUUAGCUAGACAUGCCAAAUUUUCAUAAUGUAGUAUCUUUGUACCCAUCUAGUGGCCAUGAUUAAAUGUUUGGGAUUUGCCAUUUUUAGUAGACUGUAAGGAAUUAUGUGACAGCGACCCAGACAUACAAGCUAGAAAGCAGAUGAAUUUUGCAUAAUAUAUGGUAUGGAAUAAGUGGGUGGAGAUAAGUUUUUCUUCCUUUCUCUUAAUACUUGAACUUGGGGCCAUCCAAGGAAGCUGACUGUUGGAAUAUUCAGGAUAGGCAGAGGAAAGCACUUCUUCACACAGUGCAUAGUUAAAUUAUUUGCUUCUCCAGGCAGUAGUGAUGAUCACUUGGAUAGCUUUAAAAGAAGAUCAGGCCAACAAGGCUUUCAACUAGCCACAAUGUUCUACCACCUCCUUUGGAGGCAGGAUGCCUUUGGACACCUGUUGCUUGGAAUCCCAAAGUGUGCUCUGAUCUUGUUUCCUGGUUUCCCACUGGCAUCUGGUUGGCAAAUACUCUAGGCCAGGAAUAGUCAAUGCAAUGCCCUCAAGGUGUUGAACUCAAACUUCCAUCAGUAUAGCCAGUGUUCUCAGUGUUCAGGGAUGAUGGGAGUCGUAUUCCAUCAACAUUGGGAGGGCACCAUAUUGAUUACCCGUGGCCUAGUCUGUGGCCAGCAAUGCCCAGAGUGGGCUGAUGGCAGCAAUAACAUCCAGCUGCUUUUUUCAUUUAUACUUCUGAAUACUGUAGGCCUUUCAAUAAGCCAAGAAUGGUUUUAUUUCUGUACAGAUGAACUGAAAGAUGAAGACGUGACUGAAGAGUAA